CUGCAAUGAUUUACAACCCUGAUCCUAGCAACGCUUUUCCCUUAAUCUGUGUUCACUCUGACUUAUAGCAAACUUCAUUCUACAAAGCACACCUUCAUACUGCUUACAGGUAAGAUCAUGUCAAAACUGAAAAAAAGAAAGAGAAAAUAUAGUUGACUGGCAUGUGCUCUGAGUUCUGCAUGUUUUAUGUUAUCUACUAUUUUUACUAUAUUUAUUUUUAGAGAUCUUAGUGUGCGGUGGUUUUAGUGGGAUAAUUGUGGGACAAAAAACAGUAGUCAUGGGUUUCUUCAGCAGUGUGUAAACUUUUUAACCUUGAUUGUUUAUGGCUGAAAAAGAAGACUGAAGAAAGAACAUGAACAUGUAAGAAAGAAGACAAAGAUGAAAGAAAGAAUAUGAUAGAAUAUCUUCAAACUGUUAAGACUUACAGGUAGCUAUAAAAAAAAUUGUUUACAGGUACUUUUAUUAACAUUAUUACAUACCAUCCCUUACCUAACAGAUGGGAAGGAAUCUGAGUGAGAGUGGGAGACCGCUAGCCAUAGGUGUUGGGCUUGGUAUGAAAACAUAUAGGCAGUAACUCAUUACAUUGUUACAUUACAUUACAGUGUUAAAUACAUAUUUUGCACUGGGAAUUAUAUGCAGCCAUGGUGGUGUUAAAUGAGAACUGUCUGUUUAGGAAUAGGAUUCUUUAAGUCCAGAUUGUGCUGGGAGCAUAGUCAAUAAGGGGUUAAGGAGACAGUCUUAGUUUCCCCUCUUUGUGUAACGCAUUAUGCAUUACCUUAGCAAUUUGUCCAUCAUUCAGUCGGUCGAUUUUCUGGUCCCUGUGCUGAUGAUCUGGUUUCUGCUCUUGGGUUUAUGUUUUGGAUUUGCCAUAUUGCUGACCAUGAUACCUGAGUUAGACUGAUUUGGCCUCUUUCCCACUAGGGUGCCUGUUUGAUUUCUCUCUACUGAGAAAGAUCACAUUGGUGAUAGAAUAAUGUGAGCUGUAGUCUGACAAAAGCAGUGCACGUGUUUGUGUGGUGGUUAAUGCACUGUUUGACAACUUUAGUUCAGGGAAUAAGGCCAUAGAUGUUUUCUUCCACCUUCUUGUGUAGGUCAGUCCUUUUAGUUGCCGAGUCUGGAAAGCAUUUCUUAAAAUUGAAAACAUAAAAUGGAAUUGUUCUAAUUGUGCUAAAAAUAAUAAUUUGAAUUGCAAUGUUUGACAACAUUUCCAAAAGGAAAUGUUUUUUUUUAAUGUUAAUAAUUUCCAUGGAUUAUCAUUUCCCCCCAGAAUUUUACUGUUUUACCUGCAGUGUUCCCAGCCUAGAACCGUCCAUGGAACGUAAAAUUGAGAGACAGUUUGUGGAGGAUCGUGCCACUGUACUAGAAGUGCUCCCUGUCUCCUGGGAUGUAAAAUGGCCUGGUCCAUAUUACCGUGUUACAUUGAAAAUGUCACGUCUCAAGGAUCUCAAUUUUGGAUUCAAAUUUGGGUCUGGGAAUCCCAGGUGGGUUUUAGAGCUAAGUCAGAGAAAGCCACGUCAGAUAGCUAAAUUAUAUGGUUAUGUGUUUAAACCAUUUAAAGUUAUAUAUAUUUAUUCUAUUAUGUGGACAGUGCUUAUAAAAUGUACUCAUUCACUUCACUUUCUUCCAUCAAGCUAAGAAUAUGUUCUAAGCCCCAAUUCCUUAAUAAUACAAUAUUUGCAGAUUUUUACUCUUAGUAGCAAUUACAGUUACGAUGAUUUAUAUAGCACCAACAUAUUCUGCAGUGCUUUACAUUAGAUAAACCAACUAAUAAUACAAAAGGCAGGGUGCGCAAUAAUUACCACCAACACACAGUGAGAUUUUCUUAUUUACAGGAAAUUCCUGAUGAUAAACCUCUGAUUAAUCUGUAAAGCAAAAAAAAACUCACCUAGUAUAAUACUGUUUUAUCUCAUAAUAAUUAAUCACAGAGGUAAUGGGUCACUCACAAUCUCCAGAACCACAUAUAGCAGGCUCUGGCUAUGUUGGCUUGAAACAGUAAAAGUGCUUCCUUGUUAAUUUACAAUUCUGGAAUUCCUUCCUCCACAGAAUCAAUAUAAUAAUGAAUAAUAAUGAAUAAAAUACUAUAAACUCAAUUGUAAAAAUAAAAGCAGAAUAAAACAUAGGAAAUAGCAGCAAGCAGCAAAAAACCUUACGCUCUUCUUCUGUCUGUCCGUUUAUAAAGGAUUCUAUCCGGAACUAAAAUUUGGCGCCAUUAUUCCGAUAUUCCCCAUUUACUUCCGGAUUGUGUCCAUGUUUUAGGUACUAUAACCCUUCACAUUGCGUAAUUACGCAUGCGCAAGGACACCACAGCACCGUUGUGUCUCACAUCAUUAAGGCAUUGUAGAUCUGGAUAAGUCUCACACAGUUCAUAAAACCACAGAUUAUAUGGCUGAAGUAAACUAAGCCAGCACUCUCAUCUUUUUUUAUUGUAAAGCACAUAAACAAACACAUAGCAACAUAACUCAAUACAUAUUUAUAUAAGGAAAAAAAUAUAUAAAAACCUCAAACAGCACACUAUUGUAACAUAUUAUAGUUAUAAAAUUGACUCAAUUAUCUCCCAGACACAGAGGCACCAGGGUGGGCCUACUUAUUUGAAUAAGGACACCAUGCUGUGGGUCUAUGAGUAAAAGACUGUUCUAUGACAAUAAAAAACAGUUGUACUCCCAGAACUGUGUGUCGUCUAGUUCCUGGGGGGAAAGAGCUAUAACACUAACCAGAGCUUCCUCUAACUACGAGGGGAAACAGCGGAGAUACUCAGCCGCAGUACAAUGUACAUAGUAUAAGUUAGCAGGGCUUAUCCAUGAACUCAACUCUGUAAAAAUAUUGUACCCAUCUGAUUUGUUUAUUGGCUAAAUAAUCAACUGAAAAGGCUAAAUUCCAAGUGAAUGCACAGUUAUUAAAAGUAAUUAAAGACUGAUAUAUCUUUUCUAUAUAUUUCUAUAUUCUUCUUUAACUCUCAUUAUUUGUUACAGCAGAGAGCAGUUCCCAGUUACAGACUUUCCAGAGAGGUGAGAACAAUGAGAAUACUGUUUUACUGAUUUAUGUUUUUUACCUUAUGCCUGGUCUCACAAUGAGUAGCAUUUAUGCCAGUAAAAGUAAUUUUUCGAGUCAGCAAAAUCAAGACUCUGGAAUGAACCAUUUGCUAACUAGUAUCACAGCAAAGUUACACAAGUUAGUGUAUAUCAAUGUUGGCAUAACUUUGCUGCAACCCUAAAAACAAACAAACAAAAAAACUCUUGACUGAGUAUGUCGCAUUGUGUAUGUACACAGUACAUUAUAUAAGAUUAUAUAGAAUAUUUAUUAGUACAAAGAAUAUGUUUUCAUUAUUAUUACAAUUACUCAUUGGAAGUUAAUGGGUUACUCCAAGCAUCAUAACCACUACAGCCCGCUUUAGUGGUUAUGAUAUCAAGAGUACCAUACUUGGUCCUUGGUAAUUGGGGAAACCAUUUAGUAACAGAUAGUCCUCUAGCCUGGCUCCGAGACUCCUUUCCUGCUGUGUGACGCAUGAGUCUGAGCUCUGCAGAAGCCAAUUCAGUCAGGAUUCAUUGGCGUAAGCUGACCUCUCUCAGCCAAUUAAUGGCACACUAUGCACUAUGCACACUUUGCACAAAAUUUACAUUAGCAGGGUGAAACACUUGUUCCAGGCUGGCUAAUGAUGCCCUAAUGGUGGACUUACACCUCCUGCAGCAGAUAGGUUAAACUCCAUGUGUGAAAAACUGCACAUACAAACUCCAGGCACCAUGACUAUUUCAAAUCACUUAAGUGGUCAUGGUGCUAGGAGUAACAGUUUUAUUAAAGGGAAACCAUCACUUCUCUGGAAAUUACACCAUUGACUAAAACACAAAAAAAUCACCCAUACCGUGUGAUUUUGUUUCCACAUAAUGAUGUGAUUUAAUUUACUUAUGAGAUCUGUCCAGAAAAAGUCCAGCCAUUGUAAAUAUAACUAGAAUAGUUUGUGCAACAUAGAUGUAACCUGGCAGCCAAGGAUAGUGGACUGGACUUCACUGUACUUGUCAAUAGGUGAGCUAGACGCCAUUGAGUGAGCAUGUGUCCUGUGUGGCUAUCGCAUUCAAAAUGACUGAGCGACUAGACUAGAGCAAUGAAUCUGCAUCAAAUUUUGCAUUAAACUUGAACAUUCCUCCACGGGAACUAUGCAGAUGAUUUAGAAGGCUUUCGGGGACGAUACAAUGAGUGCAGUACAAAUAGAAGUGUGGCACAAGCGCUUCAAAGAUGGUCAAAAAUCUGUUAAAGAUUUGGUGCCCUGCGACUUCUGGCUUUUCCUAAAACUAAAAUCAUGUUUGAAAGGGAAGAGAUUUCAGACCGGCAAUGAAAUUCAGGUAAAUACGAUGAAGCAGCUGAUGGCGAUUUCAAAAAAGGAUUUUUCUGAGUGUUUUGGACAGUGGAAGAGACGCUGGGAGAACUGUGUGAGGUCCCAAGGUGCCUACUUAACCCCUUAAGGACCAAACUUCUGGAAUAAAAGGGAAUCAUGACAUGUCACACAUGUCAUGUGUCCUUAAGGGGUUAAGGACACAUGACGUGUGACAUGUCAUGGUUCCCUUUUAUUCCAGAAGUUUGGUCCUUAAGGGAUGAAAGGGGACUGAGGCAUUAUUGUCCUAAAAUUUAGAGUCAAAAUAGCCAAACUGGAAAAAUUCUCUAAGUCAGCGGUACUGUCAGUUCAGCUACUCCUUAUUGCUUUACAUUUAAAAUUGACUGUGAAAUCUCACUUUAAUGAAUACCUCUGUUAGCAAAUUACAUAAAAAUCCAGUUCAGUCCAGGCACAGGCAUAGGACAUAAGGAGCAGAAAUAGCAUUUUUCAUUUCGUUUUUUCCUUGUAUGCUUUUUGCAUGCGGAUUGUAAAGUACAACGUUUAUGGCAAUGAUUGACAGGAGGAUAAAAUGGAGGUGCUUAUUUGCUGGAUAAAGAAGUGCAUUUAACCGUAUUUAUGUUUCUGUUACAUCUCACAAACACAUUUUUGUUUAAAAAACAUAAAGUGAUAAAUGGAUUUAAUUAACAAAAUCUUGGACAUGGACAAAUCUCCUUUAGGACAAAUGCUAAUUAUAUUGUGUAAUAUAGUCUGAAUCUUAUCAAUUCUGUUAAUGCUGUAGGAUUGUUAAACUGGACCUAUCCCUCAAUGAGCUCCAGGAAUUGAGAGCUGGCUGCCUCCUGCCAUUAAAGAACCUUGUUGAAUUAGAUGUAUCUCUUAAUACCUUAAUCAGGUAAGAACAUCUUCAAAGUAACAACUUUUAUUUAGGGCUAAAUAAAAUGUAACAGUGUUUUCUAUGAAUAUUUCGUUUUUUACAUAUGUAAACAAUACAUCUCUGUUUGACAGUAUUCCGUCAGAUGUUUUAUUUCAUUAUUAUGUUAUCCUACUACCUCGAAUUGAGGUCCAUAUACCACCUUGACCAACUCACAAAAUUUUGCUCCAGCAUCAACAUUAUGAAAAUUGUGUUAGUUUCCAGAUUUUUCUAGACCUAACUAUACAGGUGAUACUCGAAAAAUUCGAAUAUUGUGCAAAAGUUCAUUUAUUUCAGUAAUGCAAUGUAAAAGGGGAAACUAAUAUAUGAGAUAGACCCAUUACAAGCAAAGCAAGAUAGUUCAAACCGUGUUUUGUUAUAAGUGCGAUGAUUAUGGCUUACAGCUCAUGAAAACCCCAAAUCCACAAUCUCAGUAAAUUAGAAUAUUGUGAAAAGGUGCAAUAUUCUAGGCUCACAGUGUCCCACUCUAAUCAGCUAAGUAAGCCAUAACACCUGUAAAGGGUUUCUGAGCCUUUAAAUAGUCUCUCAGUCUGGUUCAGUAGGAAUCACAAUCAUGGGGAAGACUGCUGAUCUGACAAUUGUGCAGAAAACCAUCAUUGACACCCUCCAUAAGGAGGGAAAGCCUCAAAAGAUAAUUGUGAAGGAUGUUGGAUGUUCCCAAAGUGCUGUAUCAAAGCACAUUAAUAGAAAGUUAUGUGGAAGGGAAAAGUGUGGAAGAAAAAGGUGCACAAGCAGCAGGGGUGACCACAGCCAGAGGAUUGUCAGGAAAAGGUCAUUCAAAUGUGUUGGGGACUUUCACAAGGAGUGGACUGAGGCUGGAGCCAGUGCAUCAAGAGCCACCUCACACAGACGGAUCCUGAACAUGGGCUUCAGAUGUCGUAUUCCUCUUGUCAAGCCGCUCCUGAACAACAAACAAUGUCAGAAGCGUCUUACCUGGGCUAAAGAAAAACAGACCUGGUCUGUUGCUCAGUGGUCCAAAGUCCUCUUUUCUGAUGAGAGCAACUUUUGCAUCUCAUUUGGAAACCAAGGACUCAGAGUCUGGAGGAAGAAUGGAGAUACUUGAAGUCCAGUGUGAAGUUUCCACAGUUUGUGUUAAUUUGAGGAGCCAUGUCAUCUGCUGGUGUUGGUCCAUUGUGCUUCAUUAAGUCCAGGGUCAAUGCAGUCAUCUACCAGGAGAUUUUGGAGCAUUAUGGGGAUGUUGACUUCAUUUUCCAGCAGGACUUGGCACCUGCCCACACUGCCAAAAGCACCAAAGCCUGGCUCAAUGACCGUGGGAUUACUCUGCUUGAUUGGCCAGCAAACUCGCCUGACCUGAACCCCAUAGAGAAUCUAUGGGGCAUUGCCAAGAGAAAGACGAGAGACAUGAGACCGAACAAUGCAGAAGCGCUGAAGGCCACUAUUGAAGCAUCCUGGUCUUCCAUAACACCUCAGCAGUGCCACAGGCUGAUAGCUUCCAUGCCACGCCGCAUUGAGGCAGUAAUUGCUGCAAAAGGGGCCCAAACCAAGUGCUGAGUCCAUAUGCAUGCCUAUACUUUUCAGAGGUCCGAUAUUGUUAUAUGUACACUCCUUGUUUUAUUGAUUGCAUGUAAUAUUUUAAUUUACUGAGAUUGUGGAUUUGGGGUUUUCAUGAGCUGUAAGCCAUAAUCAUCGCACUUAUGACAAAUCACGGCUUGAACUAUCUUGCUUUGCAUGUAAUGGGUCUAUCUCAUAUAUUACAAAAAUAUAUGGAAGGGCUGCGCCAAAUAAGGGUAGAUAGUCCAGUAAAGUAUUGCUAGGGUGCCAAUAGAUGGUCUAGGAUACUUGAUAGAGUUCCUCUGUGGAUGCGUCUGGUGUAGACCGUUCCGUAUAUGUAAAUACAAGAGAGGUAGAGGCGACUAAUGGUAUAGUAUGAAAGUUCAGGGUGUGAUAGGUAACAAAAAGUAAAGAACUCACAUUCAAGAGAGCUAUGGCCAGAAUUAAUUCUGUAUUUUACUGUGUAUUUUAGAUCAAUAAAAGUUUUUUGGCUACCUUAUUGUACCAAUCCUCUUUUUAUUGCACUGUUUAUGCACUUUAAACAACUUUUUUUACCUAUUCCUGGCAUUUUAACCUUUCCUGGUUACUUUUACUUCCACUGGCAAUUUUAAAGUUCCAGUACUCCAAGAAAUCCUAGGUGGGGAUCAUACCACCGGCGCCUAUCCAUAGAGCAGUACCUCUGCUCUAUCUUUGUGAGUAUUAUUUUAUUUUCUCUACUACUCUCUUAACCUAUCACAAUUGAGAGCACUAUUGCUGCUUUUUAUUCUUCUAUAUUGGAGCCUUGGAUCACCAGACGGUGCUGACGGACGUAUCGCCGCUACAUAUCCUAUAAGCGGGGAUUAUACCGCUGUACGCUAUCCACACCAGAGCUGGCCAUAGCUCCCUCAAAUGUGAGUUUUUUACCUCUUCUUAUCUGCACAUUGAACCACAUCAAAAUUGAGAGCACUAUUGUUGCUUUCUGUCUUUCUUUUCCGAGUUCUGGACUACCAGACGGUGUUGACGGAGACCCCCUCCCUACAUAUCCCAUAAGCGGGGAUUAUACCGCUGUACGCAAUCCACACCAGAGCUGGCCAUAGCUCUCUUGAAUGUGAGUUCUUUACUUUUUGUUACCUAUCACACCCUGAACUUUCAUACUAUACCAUUAGUCGCCUCUACCUCUCUUGUAUUUACAUAUACGGAACGGUCUACACCAGACGCAUCCACAGAGGAACUCUAUCAAGUAUCCUAGACCAUCUAUUGGCACCCUAGCAAUACUUUACUGGACUAUCUACCCUUAUUUGGCGCAGCCCUUCCAUAUCUUUUUGUAUCUAUCCACCGAAGGACCCGAGGGGUUUUCCUUCAUUUGGGUUGCUGCCUACCUUGACUAAUUUUGUGAUUACUAGCGCUGAAUUCUUUUUGUGUUUAUCUAUCUCAUAUAUUAGUUUCCCCUUUUACGUUGCAUUACUGAAAUAAAUGAACUUUUGCACGAUAUUCAAAUUUUUCGAGUAUCACCUGUAUAGUUAGAAAAAUCUGGAAACUAACACAAUUUUCAUAAUGUUGAUGCUGUAUGUCAUCACAAUGGAUUUGAAAUGAAACAACCGAGAUACAGUUGAAGUGCAGAGUUUCAGCUUUAAUUCAAGGGGUUGAACAAAAUUAUUAUAUGAAACAUUUAGAAAUUGCAACCAUUUUCAUACACGGUCCUGUUAUAUCAGGGGCUCAAAUGUAAAUGGACAUAUUAAUACAAUCAUAAAUAAAAUGUUAAUUGUCAAUACUUUGUCAAAUUUCCUUUGCAGGGAAUGACUGCUUGAAGUCUGGAACACAUGGACAUCACCAAAUGCAUGGGCCUCUUUUGUGAUGCUUUGCUAGACCUUUACUGCAGCUGUCUUCAGUUGUUGUUUAUUCGUGGGUCUUUCUGCCUUAAGUUUUAUCAGCAAGUGAAAGGCAUGUUCGAUUGGGUUGAGAUCAAGUGAUUGACUCCGUCAUUGUAGAAUAUUUCAUUUCUUUAUCUUAAAAAAUCUCUCGGGUUGCUUCCGCAGUAUGUUUUAGGUCAUUGUUCAUCUGUAAAGUGAAGCGUUGUCCAAUCAACUCAGACAAUAUAUCCCUAUACACUUCAGAAUUCAUCUGGCUGCAUCUGUCUUCUGUCACAUCAUCAAUAAACACUGUGACCCAGUGCAAUUGGAAGUCAUGCAUGCCCAUGCCAUCCCACUACCUAAACCUGGUUUUACAGAUGCUUCAGAUCAUGCGCCAUUCGCCUUCUCCAUACAUUUUUCUUUCUACCAUUCUGGUACAGGUUUCAUCUGCCCAAAGAAUGCUGUUCCAGAACUUGCUCUUGUGAGGUCUUCUCUUUUUUUUAAAUCUCAUUUAUUUCUUUUUUUUUCUUUAAAUUUGCUAUUUCGGCAAGUGAUACAUGACAAAGUAAUGAAGCAGACACAGCUGACAAGCUAAAUUAGAAAUUGAAAACAGUAGUGUCUGAGUAAAUCACCCUAUUUUAUACAUGGCAUCGAUUAUUGUUAGACUAGUGAGGCAUAGGAGCCGAAGAUGAUUAAUCGGUCAACCGGUUGUUCUCAAACAGAUUAUCAACAGUAUACAAGAUUAUGUAUAAAGGACUUAAAUACAGAUGCCUCUAACCUAAGGGAGGUGGUGUAAAUGCUUAAAACUCUGUUAGAAUGUAAUCCAGGAAAAUCACCUCCACAGGACUGCAGUAGCUUAUAUGGCAACACUGAGUUGUCCACCUCAAACAGGUGGUGUUUGAAAUAAUAAAAUAUGACAUAAGAACAGUAUUAUCUACACAGAUAAAAAAAACAGCAUGGAAUCAGGAUGCAUUAUAGAAAACAAUAAUGAGCUUUAAUGUAGUCAGCAGCACAUCAGGUCAGAGAGUCUCGCUCUCCCCUCAUUUACAAAGGGGAUGCAAUAAUAGAGACAUCCCAAUGAUGGCUGAAGCUUGUUGAUGGAGUUGAUUCGAGUAGGCUCAGCACCUGCAAGAACCCUCCAAGGAUCCUGAUGCCCUAAAGGAUUUCCCAUUUUUGACAAUCGUGAGAGAUCUGGGGUAAGAUCAUCUGUAUGAAAGUCCAGUGGUUUGGAGGGCUUUCGUGAUAGGCUGGGUUGACUUUCCCCACAGUAAUGUGGGUCUGCUGAGGUCUUGGAAGAAAGUAAUCCUGUGUGAUUCAAAUUGAAGUGGUGUUUUCCCCUUCAAGGCAGUUAAGAGCCUUUGUUUGUCUGCAAGAGAGCAAGAGACUGACAGCACAGGACGAGAUCUCUAGAAGCUGCCUUGGAGGCCUGAGAAGACUUGCGAUGUGGUAUGCCCCAUCAAAAGCGAAUUGCUUGGCAAAUUUUGCAACUAAGCGCCUGAUAAAAUGGGGAAUUACUUCUGGGGGGAGUGAGUCUACAACCCCAUGGAUCUUGAUGUUUCUCUGUCGCCCUCUGUCAUUCAGCUGCAUAGGCUUGUAUGUAAGGAUCACAGUUGCUGUACGGAUUCACUCAAGGUAUUUAACCAUUGUUUGUUAUCUACUAAGUCCUCAUCAGCGGCCUGCACCCUUUCUGUCACUGCUUGCACUUCAGUCUUCACCAAAGUCAGUUUGGCUGAAAACAUGUUUUGGAAGUGCAUAAGUAGGUUGAGCAUAUCUUGUUUAGUAGCUGGGUCAGUUCCGUUGGCUAUGGCUGCGGGCUCCACUAUCACUAAAUCAUCCAUAGGUGAUUCAUUGGCUGAGUUGCGGCCAUUCCUCUAGUGUUAGUUGUGGACACGAGCAUCUGGCUGAUGUCUUGCCCGUCCCUGAUGGAGGGUUGAUUUGGCUUCUUGUGUCCUAUGUCCAACCUCAAAGGAGUUAGAGGGAGGGUCUCCGCAGGUAAGUCGCCAUCAAAAUCUGUAUUGCCCCAGUAGGCUUUAAUCAACAACCGUGGGACUCCUACAUAGUAGGCCCGAGAUCCCCGCCCCUGAGUUUUAGUACCUGCGGGAAAAAGGAAGUGCAUCUGCCAAAUCGGGACUGCUUCCCAAAUAUGAUGCUGAUUUUAAUGGCUUGAUAUGUCACCAGUGGUGGUCUGCCAGAGUAUCACCGCCACAGAUGCCCCUUUCCCAAUAAACAAACACAAAUAAUCCCAAAGGUAAAAUAUCUCCGUUCAUGGGGUUUUGUACAAAAACAACAUAAGGUAGAUGAAAGCUGAUUCGAGUAGAAUGCUCCCCAUGUUCGGUAGUCUGUAACUCCCAAACUCCAUUCAUGUAGGUGUACUGGAACUGGAAUGGGCAGCAGGUCCAUGGUGACCAGUGUUUAUGGGAGUGCCUGGCCGAAAGGAGUUCCAGGCACUCAACAACCAAGUCCCGCUGCCAGCGUUCGGGAGACAAAAUGGCCUCGAUCCAUAGUCCCAACCAUGUGCGUUCGCAUGCACGAAAUGGCGGCAACCCAGUGGAGCAUUCUAUUAAUUUGUUCCUUUACAGUUUUUGUACAAGAUAUUCAACGUUCCACGUUCUAAUGGGUCUCUGGGGGGGUCUUGGUUCGGGAACCGUGCAAAAUAAACAAAGCAAAAUUAAAUAUGAAUCAGUUAUACGAAAGGAGCAGAAAGUGAUGGGGUAUUCCUUCACAUCUCCGAUCUGAAAUAGUAGAGAUGUUUUUUUCUGUAACGUGCUCGGAGCUGCUAGAAAUGUCAUCUAUCUCAGUCUUCUGCUUGACUCCACCCAGGUGACUAUGAUAGACACCUAAGACAAAGGGAAUGCCAAUGGAUAUAUAAACUGAAAACCCUAAGUCCAAAGGGACUUAAUGAAGGUUUCUCCUUUUCCCUUUUUAUCUAGCCUACACUCUCUCUUUUCCUUUAACCCCUUAAGGACCAAACUUCUGGAAUAAAAGGGAAUCAUGACAUGUCACACAUAUCAUGUGUUCUUAAGGUUAAUAAAUUAUUUUUACUUUGUAUCAAAUGUAUUCUAUGUAAUACGUAGCGAGUGGAUCUUAGUCCACUAGGAAGUGAGUCUACUAAUAGAUUAGAUGGAUAAGCACCUAGUAAAUACAAAACUGCAUGAAUUACCCUUAAGUGAGAUAUUUCUUCUCCAAAUAGAAGUGCAUCUGAUUACUCCACUGUAUUUAUUUUUGGUCUAAGUUCAUUUUUUACCCCAAAACAACCUGAUGCUCCCUAAAUUAACUAUUUAACAAGAGCCUUCCUACUCGUGAUAUAUACUAUGUCCAAUUUCUGACUACUAACUCUAAAAACAUUAAUUCACUUAUUUUUGAUGACAAAAACUCGUUCAAGCCCAAUCUAUUUUACUUCAAAGUACUCACUUGAUCAUAGAUGUUAAAACACCAACCAAAUAUGUAUUUUAAUAUACAUAUUUCACUAUGGUUUAUACAUAUAUUCUGAAGGAAUGAUCAAAAUAAUUGGAUGACUAUUCUAAUUAUUAAUAUGAUCUUAAGGGGCUUAUAUAUUCAGUUUCUCAAACUAUAAAUGAAAACUGCGAGUCCAGUAUGCCUGGUAAAUCAGGGGUUAACCUACUAGUGAGAUUGCAAAUGAGCUAACUCUCUGCAAUUAGGGUUUUACUUCUUUAUGUACAGCUCUGAAAGUUAUUGGUUCCCUUUUUAAUCACUUCUUUUUUUCACUGUGUGUGACACUAUCACCAUUAAGUGUUUAUGUGUAGUUUUUCUUCUUCUUCUUUUUUUUUUUUUUAAUCUUUGUGGCACUAUUAUACGUCAUUGCCACCUAAUAAACUUUUCUCUUUUUUUAAAUUUUUGCUAUACAUAGGAUGUUAAUAUUUAUAUUGGUAACAUUGUGAGUUCGGGUACCUGUUUAUUUACUGAGACCAGCUCUCAUUCUUUUUCUAUAUUUGUAUUUCAGGGUUAUGCCCUGGUUUUCUGCUUAGCCCUUUCUCAACGCAACAAUGGUACAACAUUUUCUGCCCUGCACCUGAUGUGCGUUUCUUUUUAAAUAUUAACCUUACAGACAUCCACAAAUUUGCAAUUAGUUGCAUUUUACAGCUUUUGUAGAGAAUAUCUAUAGUAUACCAACUUGAAAUGACAAAGGACAAAGGACAAAUGACAAAGGACAAUCAGCAAAUUUGGAAUCCACAAUCAGAUUACAGACUCUGCAUAGAACCACAAUUAAUCUAGGUAAUAAACUAUAACACUGGGUGGUUCCAAGACUAACAGGUUAAUUUAGUAAAGUGAGAAGCGAAAGUGAAUUUAAAAUUUAAAAUCAAAAUAGCUAAGCUGGAAAUAAUAUCUAGGUCAGAUAUGCUUUUAUUUCUGCUACUUUGAUCUUAAAUUUGAAAAUGUAAAAUUCUCACUUUAGUCAGUAACUCUAACAAAUCGUGAACAGAUCAGCAAAGUAAUAGGGUUAACUAAUGUACAAUGUUAUAGAAUACUAUAUAUAUAUAUAUAUAUAUAUAUAUAUAUAUAUAUAUAUAUAUAUAAAAAUACGGAGGAUGAAUCAAGAGAAAAUCACAUCUGCUAAGACAAGAAUGAUGUUGUACACAUGGGGUUAUAUAUCGCAUACCCUCUAAGAAUGUAAAGAAUGAAAAUGGUACAUGGAGGUCCAGCUUAUCGAGGGCAUGACAGUGUUGGAACUUGUGUUACUGAUGAUUUGUGCUACAUGAACCGGUGAAAAACCUGGGAUAGAGGGAUAGGUGAUGAAAACUGGGAUGGUAUGGCCAAACCUUGGAUAGUUGGGAGGUAUAUUAUUAUUUUUUAAAUAGUUACUUGUUUCAUAAUUUAUCAAGCUGACACAAUUAUUACCUUUCUAGUAGUUUAAAUGAAAAAAAAACCAAUAUUCCUGCUCUCACCUUUGUGUGAUUAUUUUGCCAAGUGUGUCUUGUUAUUCAUAAAGAUCUUUGUUUUCUGAGGCACAAAAGCUUAUAUCUCUAAUGCCAUGCUUUCUUUUUUUUUUAUCAGUAUUUCUGGACUAGGAGAUCUACCAAAUCUGAUGAUUUUAAAUUCUAGUUUCAAUGCAAUUAGACAUAUGGACAGCUAUGGAACCUGUCAUCAAUUGACAAUUCUUAAUGUGUCUCACAAUCAAAUUAGGACCAUAAAGGAUCUAUCAGUCCUUGCAAACCUCACACAGCUUCAUUUGAACUCCAAUAAGGUAAUAAACAAUGCUGUUCAGUGGUGUAUUUUGGUUUUGUAUAGUUCUAGACAUGAUUAAAUUUGCCCCACCUCUUCCUUUCAAGGCUGCACCUCUUCCUGUUUAUGACCAACAUGUAUUUUGACUUGACUGACAGACACAUGCCCUCACUGAUACAUACACUGACAGAUACACAGUCAUUGGCACACACACACUGUUUAACCAAAACACACUUUCACUGACAAACAUUCACUGACACACCCACUCACUGACAGACACACACACACACACACACACACGCUCACUGAUUUGACACACACCAACACAAAAACUCACAGACACACACAUUUUCACUGUUUGUACAAUCUGACAGACACACACAUAUUCACUCACUCACAGACACACAGUAACACACACACUGACAGACACACAUUCUUUCCCUGAAAGACACACACUUACAGACACACACUCACUCACUCACUUACUCACAGAUACACAUACACUCACUGACAGACACACACUCACUCACUCACUCACAGAUACACAUACACUCACUGACAGACACACACAUACAUUGACAGACACACAUACUGUACAUUCACUGAAAAACACACACACAGUUAUACUGACACACUCACACACAGUCUUCUCAUAUACUCACAAAUUAUUUAUUAUUUUUAUUUUAGUUUAAAUCCACUCAGCCUCCCUACCUUUGGGAGAGCUGGAGUGGAUUUUUCCCCAGGGGUCCAGGGGGGCUGCUGGGUGGGCUGCUGGUACUCUGGAUUGCUUGCUAGAUGGGCACACAAUGGAGGCGGUGAGGGAAAUAUCAUCUUCUUGCUCUGCUCCCUCUGAUGCCAGGGCUGGAGUGACUUCAUAUUCCGACAUCACAGCAAAAAGAUUGCAUAGGACAUCUCUCCCUCGUCGCCCAUCUGCGAUAUGCGCAGCUGCCCGCCUUGGGGGGCCCUAAGGUUGGCAGUCUGCUAGCUCUUGGGUUCCUCAUGACACAAAGCUAACAAGACACCGGUGGGGCCUUUGGGGAUGGUGUUUUUGUGUGGUGGCCUCUCCAUAAAUACAGCACUGCUUAUUAAUCUAUUUAUCUAUCUCACUAGAUAAAUAACUGCUUGUUGGCACCUAUAUAACCCAACAUUGGCAAAGAAAUUAGCCUAUUAGCCUGCAGAACAGACGUAGGCAAAGUAUUGCAAUAAUUAAAAAAGAACUCACCAAAGUAAUAUGUGAUACACUACAAGCACAUUGUCUUGGUAAACCUAACCAAUACUAUAUUUUUUCAAAAGAUGAAUUAAUAAAUGUUUUUUUAAAAUGCGUGUUGUAUGUUGUCCCAAGUCCACUGUAAAACUGAGAGCGAUGUAAAAUAUUCAAGUAGAUCAUUUUGUUACAGAGACACUUUAAUGCACUAUAUAUUAAGUUAAUUAUACCGCUCAGUGUGAGGAGUGCAGAUUUAAUGCUCCUAAACUCAGGUCAAUGCUGUGAGAACAGGGCUCGAGUCCUGCAGGAACGCAUGGGAACGGCGUUCCUGCACUUUUUCCAAAGCAGGAAUGCCGUUCCCGUUACCUGUCCUGCAGGACCGGCCCUGCUACCUGCACUGAGGGGCCAUCACACGCUGUGUUCCCUCUCCAGCUAUAACUCUCGCGAGACCCGCGGCUGUUACCAUGGUAACGCUCCGCACAGGCGAGUCUCGCGAGAGUUAUAGCUGGAGAGGGAACACAGCGUGUGAUGGCCCCUCUGUGCAGCGCCUUCCUCCCUCCACCGGACCACCAGGCGAUCUCCACCCUCCCUGACAAAGUAAGAAACAGGGAGGGGGGAUAAAAUAAAAAAAUAUAGACACAUAAAGUUAAAAAAAAAUGCUUCCCCCCCCUAUCAUCCAGCACUCACACACAUCAUCCAGCACACACACACACACACACACACACACAUCAUCCAGCACACACACAUCAUCCAGCACACACACACACACACACACACACACACCAUCCAGCACACACACACACCCAUCAUCCAGCACACACUCACACACACACACAUCAUCCAGCACACACACACAGAUCAUCCAGCACCCACACACACAUCAUCCAGCACUCACACACACAUCAUCCAGCACACACACACACCCAUCAUCCAGCACUCACACACACAUCAUCCAGCACACACUCACACACCCAUCAUCCAGCACACACUCACACACACAUCAUCCAGCACACACACACACAUCAUCCAGCACUCACACACACCAUCAUCCAGCACUCACACACCCAUCAUCCAGCACUCACUCACACACCCAUCAUCCAGCACACACACACCCAUCAUCCAGCACUCACACACCCAUCAUCCAGCACCCACACACCCAUCAUCCAGCACACACACACACCCAUCAUCCAGCACUCACACACCCAUCAUCAUCCAGCACUCACUCACACACCCAUCAUCCAGCACUCACACACACAUCAUCCAGCACUCACACACACCCAUCAUCCAGCACUCACACACACACAUCAUCCCAGCACUCAUCCAGCGCACUCCACCACACCCAUCAUCCAGCACACACACACAUCAUCCAGCACUCACACACACAUCAUCCAGCACACACACACACAUCAUCCAGCACACACACACAUCAUCCAGCACUCACACACACGUCAUCCAGCGCGCACACACACAUCAUCCAGCACACGCACACACUGCAUUCAUUAUACACACUCUUCACUCACUACAAACACACUACAUUCACUAUACACCCUCUGCAUUCACUAUACACACUCUGCAUUUAUUAUGCACAUUCUGCACUCACUACACACUACAUUCACUAUGCACACUCUGCAUUCACUACAAACACACUACAUACACUGCAUUCAUUGUACACACUCUGCACUCACUACAAACACACUAAAUUCAUUAUACACAAUUUGCACUUACUACAAACACACUACAUUCAUUAUACACACUCUGCAUUCAUUAUACACACUCUGCACUCACUACAAAAACACUACAUUCACUAUACACACUGCAUUCACUAUACACACUGCACUCACUACAAACACACUACAUUUAUUAUACACACUGCACUCACUACAAAUACACUACAUUUAUUAUACACACUGCACACACUACAAAUACACUACAUUCAUUAUACACACUCUGCACUCACUAAAAACACACUGCAUUCAUUAUACACACUCUGCAUUCACUACAAACACACUACAUUCAUUAUACACACCCUGCACUGCACUAUAUGCAUAGGAGUGUAAUUUUUUUUUUUUUUUUAAAGGGAGCGGGGAGGGGGGGCGGGAAUCUUGGGUGAGUUCAUACACUUUUUUCCCCAGGACUUGACCCCUGUGUGAGAAUAAGGUUAAUACAACUUUGUAUGGGAUUAAACAUAUACAUUUAUAUAAUACUCAAACUUUAUUCAAAGAUUUAGUGUUGCAGUAUGAUUUAUAGAACAUGUUAGAAUUUAGGGAUAGAUAUAAAGUGUGGUUUAGGGUUUGGUUUGGGAAGUUAAUUUAAGUUUAGGAUAUAUUUCUCCCCUUCUAGCAGAUAGUAGAAUUGCAGAAUUUGGCUGUUUUUUUAGGAUUUUGAAGCUUCAAGAUGAUGACAUUGAUCCCAUGUCACAUGGUGCAGUGACAAAUAUGACUUCUCCAGAGAAGCAGAAACAUGCAGAUAAUAUUUGUUUAGUUCAGGACUCCCAUAUUUCUGUAAAAGGUAUCUUUACCAUUGAUACCACAUUGAUAACUCAUGACCUAGAUCCCUUGUUUUCCUUUGACAUUCAGUUUAGAUGGGGUUACCCCUCCCCCAGUUUAGCAUUUAUACUUUAUAUAGUUAGUUUAUUAGAUAAAUUAUUAGAAAAUAAUAAACCUUGCUGUGUCUGCUGUAUGGGACUUUUUACCUUCUUUUUGAUAACUUGAGGAUAGUAAGGACACUGUUGGGCAAGUGUAAUAGAGGUGCAGACAGUACUAUAAAUUAAUAGGUAUAUUGUGAUAGGACAUAUGCAUAUUCAUUCCUGAAUGUACUAGACACAUUUCUGUUGAUGAUAAACAGCGUUUUUUUCAGGACCUCAAGAUGGCGAUAUAGGCUCACUCAAUACAGAACAAAUUAUGUCUGCCACCAACUUUUCAAAGUGAUUGCUUGUGAGCUUACAUGACACUUCUAAUAAUGAUGGAUGUACCAUGAUGUCUGAUAUUUUGCUACAUUCCAAAGCUGUAAUAUAUAUCUGAAUUUGAUAUUUUAUUUCCAAAUCUUCUAUUAACCUCCAUUUUCCUGUUCAUUUUUCAGUUCACUAUAAUUUGAUGUUUUGUGAAUAAACCCCAUUCACGGUUUUUCACUAAAGUGAGAAUUGUUGGAAUUUCAAAAUGAGUUUAACAUUUAAUGACAAAAUGGCUGAUCUGAACAAAAAAUGUCCAAGUCAGGUAUGCUUCUAGUUUAGCUAUCCUGGACUUAAAAUUUCCAAACAACUCUUAGUUUAGUAAAUAAUGGUAUGCAGAGUGGUAUGUAAGAUACUUAAGUUCAGUCAUGUAUUAGUUUUAGCAUUCUUUUAACGUUUUACCACCCAUUCCAAAAGUAUGAGAAAUAUUCUGAAAGCCCACUUAUUGAGCUGGCAAGUUAGAACAGGUGUCAAUUAAGACCCAUCUUUCCAAACGGUUUGCAAAUCUUCAUGUAGGAAAAAAAUUGUUUAAACAAACAGUUUCCACAUUUUUGUAUACAUACACACAGGUGACAUGACCAAAACUAUUUAAAAGCUAUUUUUUUUUUUUGUAGUUUACACUUAAUCAAGAAUUUAACAGACACUCUAAUUUUAUAAAUAUAUAUAUAUAUAUAUAUUCAUAAUAUUAGAGUGCCCUUGGUGCAUUUUAGAUUCAAGGCCCCCUCUAGAAAGUAAAAAAUAAAGUAAAACACACCUCUCAUCCAGCAGGAACCCAGUCUCGCUGCAGCCGCUGCUUUUACUUCAUCGGAGAUCAUCUUGGCCAAUUAAGUGAUUUUCAAUAGAGAUGCAUUGAGAGUCUUACUGAAUAUGUGCGGUAAUCACUGUGCUGCACCAAUGGGAUUCUCGUCAUAGGGAAGCAUUACAAUGCCUCUCUGUAGGGAGAAUUCCCCACAUUCAGCUUUGUCGUGAUGUAGAAUGUGAAAACUAGCAGAACUGUUCACUAAAGUGAGAACUGAAAGUGAAUCUCAAAUGCAAGAUCAAAAUAAAAGCCAAAAAGUGGGAAACAUAUUUAAGCCAGCAAUGCUUUUAGUUUCAGAUUAGGCAGCAAGUGAGAUUUAUAGCGCUUGUUCCUUAUGUGUACAGCAGCUAAAACGUUCCCAAACCAGAUUCUCUUCUUUCUGAUCGUUGAUGCAAGAAAAACGGGGGAUGUAGGGAAGCAGCGCUUAACAAUUGAAGUCCUUGUGUGGAGUCCAAUGGAGCCAAUAUAAGGGAGAAAACAAAAUGGGACAGGAAUACUAAUAUAGUGUAGUAUGUCUAUAACAGCAGAGGCAGAAUAUACGGAAAAAAUAUAUUGCACUCAAACUUUUCUGGAGUUCAAGAUCAGCUCCAGAUCACAGCGUAUGGACGGUACAAUCCCUGUCUGUGGAUGUUAGGAUGGUCUUGAUUUCCUCUGGUAUCGUAUCCCUGUGCCAAUAAUCCACGUGGUGUAUUCGAGAUGAUGCUCCAGUGAUAUAUAUAGGAUUUAAAAGAACAGUUAUAGUGUUCUCUGUGUAAAUAAAACAAAUAAAAUAAAGAGAGAAAUAUACUCACAAUGGAUGAGCAAAUAGGGAUUGCUCAGUCCUUUACAGCAUAGGUUGUUUUUACCCCACCCGGGAAUGUGAGGCACAGCUUCCCCAAUAAAAGAUGUCCACUGAAGGUCCAGGGUUACAAUGCAAAGUAAUUUUAUUAAACAAAUAAAAAGUAAGUAACACACUAAACGCGUUUCACCUAUACAGAAGGCUUUUUCAAGGUCAAGUAGAGUCUAACACCAUACCAUUGUUAAACUUCACCAACCAACAUUAUUUAUCAUGACGUAUAUGACAUGACUUCCAAUCUACCCUAUUGCAGAUGGAGACACUGAAAAUACAGUGCAAGAACAAAUCCUUUUAAGAUUAUUUAGGCUACACACCAUUAGAUAACUUUAUCUUCCACUUUGAAAGGUCAGAAGUGCUUCUGUGCCUCCAGUGUCUUCAGUACUGUUUAUGAUGUGUUAAUGGGAGUGAUGCAGGGUUAUUUACUAAAGUGAGAAUUCAGAGUGAAUUCAAAGUUAAUUACAAAUUUAAGGUCAAAAUAGUCGAACCAGAAACAAUCUCUAAUUUAGCCGAGUUACUCUUUCAACUACUUUGGCCUUAAAUUGGAAAUUCACUAUAAACUCACCUCGAAUUUUCACUUUAGUUAACCCUUUAGGUUAUACAAUCUCAGUAAGUUUCUAAUGUGGUGAAAAAGAAUGCCAAAGUCUCCUGCUUGCGAUACUAACAAAUGGGAAAGGAUAAUAGAAAAAAUAUAAAAUAAACUAAAUGAUAUAAAACUGCUAACAAAUGGUUUCAUGAAACAUAAUACACAGAUGUAAUGUGUGACCUAAGAAGCAGACUCAUUUUAUGUUACUGUUAACAGUCAUUAAGCAAUUAGCCUAAUUUGAUGUUUCCUAUGACUGCAGUUGGUCUCCUUGGAUGGUAUUCAAAAUCUCCCCAAACUCUAUGAAUUGUAUGUUCAGAAUAACGUGAUCACCAGUGUCCUGCCCCUCUCCUCCUCGCUGAGACUCAACAUCCUAGAUGCCUCAAAUAACAAUAUCAUAUCCCUGGAUGAAACUGUGCAAGUUCUAAAUGGCCUACGUCACCUAACUCAGUUGAAAUUAAAAGUAAGAAUGUCCUUUUGGUUUAUGGAAUUAAUAUUUUGUACAUUAUAGUACUCUAUAACUUUACAUAGGUAAACUAGAUUUUUUUUUUUUUUUGUCUGAACAGUUAUGACAAGGAGGGAUAUUCCACCAACUUGCAUGGGAAUUUUAUCUAAAGGGAUAUUUCCGGCUAGUGUUGACCUCAAUUUUUAACACAUUAUAUUGAUAACGCAUACAAUGUGCAAAAGUAAAAUACCCAAUUUUCUAGUUUCUGCAUUUGCUUCAAAACCCCAGGUUUUGCAGCUUCUUUCUGGGAGCUCUUCUCAGACAAGAUUUACAGGGUUAUUCAGUAAAGUGAGAAUUCAAAGUAAAUUUUAAAUUCAAGGUAAAAUAGAUGAACUAGAAAGUUAGCUAUGCUUCCCGUUUGGCUACUUUGGUCUUAAAGGGACACUAUAGUUACCCAGACCAUUUCAGUUAAUUGAAAUGGCGCAUGUGUAUUAGUCUCCCCCUCUCGGAUGAUGUCAGAGGAGGCGGAGCGCCGCCCCAGGGCGAGGGAAGGGGAUCCCAGAGGGCACUUUAGUGUUAGGACUGUGUUGUAGUGACAUAAAAUACUGAGAGAGGAUUCAGGAGCUUAACCAGGAUCUCUUUAUUCUCAGUAUCUCCUUCACAACUGAACUAUAACCUGUGACCUAUUUCGUGUUCCAGGUUACAUGACAAGAUUUAAAGUAUACCAACACAUUAACUAUUUAAGGUAGAACAGUGCGGUUAAACAAUUAACAUUUGAGAUGCCACAAACAAAAUGACGUAUCAUCACAAGGCCUACAGAUUUGUAUUCCUUAUGCUAUAGAAUCUCUUUAACCCCUUAAGGACCAAACUUUUGGAAUAAAAGGGAAUCAUAACAUGUCACACAUGUCAUGUGUCCUUAAGGGGUUAAAGGGACACUAUAGUCAAAUAGACCACUUGCAGUUUUUUUUUAGAAACUGCAAUGUUUACAUGGCAGUUUCAAAUCCACCUCUAGUGGCUGUCAGUAUGCUGACCAAUAAAAGCUCGGUCAUAGGAUGCCAAAGCCCUUACAGAAAAGCACUGGUUCAGUGCGUUCCUAUAGGGAAGCUUGAAUGCAUGUGUGACGCUUAAGUCUCUAAUGCUCCUCUAUGGGGACUAUUGGAGUGGACUAUUGUGGAGGAGGCCAAGUUUCCUCAUAACUUUAACAAAGGAGCUUUAGUGCUGGAAAAUCAUAAGGGUAAAACAUUUUUAGAAUUUGCAUUGCAAGUGAGGGGUGGGGUGACCUGUGUAGAGCUAGGGACUGGGACACUAUAGCAUUAGUAAUAUAGGUUUGUAUUCCUAAUGCUAAAGAGUUACUUUAAAUUCACUUUGAAUUCUCACGUUAGUGAAUAAUCCUGUAAGACAAUAAUGGGAAUGCUGAGCAAAUGCCGUAAAUCCCUGCUCGAACAAAAUUCUGUAAAUGUGCUGAACGGAUAGGUGGUUUCUUAAAGUCAGGUUCGCCCAGAGAAUGUGCCAUACAAAUGAAUGAAUAGAUGUGGUUGGAAUUCACACUAUUUGGUAUUGCUGGGUUAAACUUUUUGACAUAAACAUGCAAUUCCAUAAGAUUUCUUUUCAUGUGUAGUAGAUGCUAAACUUUUUUUAAAUAUUCAGCUUUUAGUAUUAAUUUUAGUUUCAACACUUUCUUUCCAGUCUUGUGUUUUUAAAUAACUCAACCAUUCAUCCUUGGAAAUAGCCCUGUACACAUGUUCUCCUUGGAUUGCAUUUAAUAAGGAUUUAUUAUAACACACAUUAAAUUAAUGUUUAUUCUAGCAACAGAAUGAAAGCAUAAACCAUAAAUUUAUUUCUAAAAGCUAACUUGAAAAUGUUAUUUUUCUAGAUGUUACAUUUGGUAAAACAUUUUUUCCAUGCGUCUUGAUAACACUGUGAGUUUUCGGCCUUCUCUAGGGUAAUCAUUUGGCUCAUGAUCCUAGAUAUACAGAUGCCUGUAGUCGUUACACCUCUGUACAAGUUCUAGAUAACUGCAUACUUAAGGACUACAGCAAAAUGUCUCAAAAACAUCACCAGCUGAUCUGGCAUUCACUGGACAUUCUGCCCAAAGGAGGAUACACCAGAGAAGGACUAAAGGACGUAGCCAAGAAAAAUCUUACGGAAGAGCUACAAAGGAAGAGGAAAGAUUUAGAGAGCAACAUUCAUUACCUCCAUGCCAGAAUAAUGUACGGUUCUAUAAUUGCCAUUGUUUUGCCGCAAUUGCAUUACAUCCCAUAGGCAGGCAGUUGAAUAAUUGCAUACAGCAGUUGCUUUUCAUUAUUUAUGAAAGUUUUUUUUUCUGCUUGCAAAAGUAUGCCAGAGCGCUUGAAGGCAGUUCAUUGUUAAGAUACACAAAUAUACCUUCUUGAUAUUGUUCUUCUUAGUAGAUAAUUUAAAAAAUAGCAUUUUACUAGGGGUUAUACAGCUAAUUUUGGUUGUGGUAUGUUAUGAUACUUAGCAGAAUUUGGUUUAUAUGAAUAAGCUAUAGCCUAUUUAAAAUCUCACCUGAGGCACAUAGUCACCACGAACAAAUACCUAUAAUGAUUGGGUUAUGUAGUAUGUGCGCAGUCACAUUGUGUUAAAUAUAGACAAGUGUGGAGAUAAGACAGAUGUUGAUAGUGUAUUUUUGUAUUUGUCUCUGAGGAUCACAGAAUCUGCUUUAAACCACCAUCUGUAAAAUUAAUAUUUAAUUUUAAAAUUAUAGGAUUGAUAGCAAGCCAUCAUUGAGACUAUCUUUAAUGUACUGGGUUUGAGAAUUGAACUCAACUUUAGUUUUUUUAGUUAUGUGUAUUCAAGAAUAAAGAUCAUGCUUUGGAAAUAUCUGUGCAUAACCCAGUUGAACAUAUAUUUUAAGUGUUCUAGCAAUUAGGCUUUCCUAAAUUAAAAACAGCUAACUUCCAAAACCUGUGUUUAUGUUGACUUGAGCCUUUUUGUUGCACCCCUGCUAUCCUUGGCAAGAAGGGGCACUACUACCUUUAGUGUUGGACAGUUUGUUUCUAAAAAAAAAAAAUUACUUAAUACAUAACACAAUUUUACUAAAACCUAAAAUAUAAAUUCAGAAAUUAACGAUGUUUGAUCUGUGUUUUGAAGGGAUUUACAAGAAGAGUUUGCAGAACAUGAGGAAACUAUGAAAGGAGAACUGGAUAGCUGUAUCAGGUAAAUUGAUAAAUAUGGUGACUAUACUAACCUAAAGGAUUUCUCAAAAACAGCAAAUAUCUGGUCAACGUAUAAGCAAUACUACCAAUGUAUUAAAGGGACACUAUAGUCACCAGAACAACUAUAGCUUAAUGCAGUUGUUCUGGUGAGUAUAAUCAUUGCCUUCAGGCAUUUUAAUGCAAACACAGUCUUUUCAGAGAAAAGGCAGUGUUUACAUUGCCCCCUGCAGACAGCAGGUAACUGCACAGCAUAGAUAAAAUAGCACAGAGUUUUAUAGACAGAAUCAGUUACUUACUACAUCACUGUAGCCAAAUUCUAAUACACAAAAGGCACAUUACAGAUCAUUCAUCAUUUGUGACGAAAUAAUAAUACACCAAAGGCAAAUUAUAGAGAGUAUGAUUUCACUGUGACAAAACAAUGUGCAAUAUCACAUAGAAUCAGUUAAGUGGAGAUUAUAUGAUUAUUUGAUAUUCAGUAAUACAUAACAAAGACCUAUGCUACAAAUCCUGGAUAUGGCUUAUUGAUGAUUUAUGGCUAAAAUGACACACAACAACUGUCUUUUUUAUUUAAAUAUAGAUUUGGUACAUUUUAAUUAAUCUUCAAACUUCGUAAUUCCACUACAAUUGUAAGCUCAUUAUUAGAAGCAUGCAUAACUACACUAAUAUGCAUCACGUCACUCUGUAUCUCACAUACCUCUUUUCAUUGUUAGAAAAGCAAAUCUGACUGAGAGUGAUGGGAGUUAUAGUCUACAGCAUUACUAAUGUCCAUUAUCAUUAGUGAGUAUGUUUUUGGGCUUCCAUGCCCUGUGGAUGUGUUGUACAGAAACUUGCCAUUGUAAAUGCCACUUUAAUGAUGAUCCACUAAUAUAAAUGUAGCCUCUUUAUGUCAUUGCUGUAAUGAUCCUAUUAUAUUUCACUAGCAUGUUAAAGUGAAUUCAACAUUUUUACAGUCUUGAAACAUUUAAAGUUAGUAGUAACUUGGGAUGAAGAAUUCUUUUUUCAUGUUUGGUAGAAUCUUGAUUAAUCCCACUGUAGUAAGUUACUAACGCUACUGAAACAGUGAAAUGUAAACAUCUCUUUAAAUGUUCCUCUUACUGACUCUAGAUUUGUGGUUCCGUUGUAUUUAUGGAAUAUGUAGUUGUUGAAUAACUAAAACAUUGUAGAGAACACAGACCUAAAAGAAAAAAAAUGACUAGAAACAAUAAUGUACAUAUUGCCAAAAGAUCAUGCUCUCAAGUUUAGAAACAGCAAACUAGACAUGUGCAAUUCGUUUUGGUCUGAAUUAAAAUUCAGCCGAAUUUCAGGUAAUUCGGACAUUCAGGUGCUUCCGAAUAACUGAAUUGCCGAACUGCCGAAUUGCCAAACUGCCGAAAUUACUGAAUUUCCGAAGUGUAGUAGUGCCGAAGUGACAAAUUGCAGAAGUGCCGAAGUUGCCGAAGUUUCGAGGUGUCAAAGUGCCGAAGUCCCGAGUUACGAAGCACAGUAUUGCCUAAGUACUAAUAUACUUACCCAGUGAAAGAAGAAGAAUGUUACACUGUAUACAAUUUCUUCCAUUUCAUUAUUUUUUAUUAUUUUUUGAAAAUUUAUCACAAUAGACAAUAAAAGACUUACAUUUAAAAAUAUAAACAAAAAACAAUACAAUAAUUAAUACAUUCCGACAGUUCUAGCACUCUAAGAUACCAAAUUUUUAAUUUAUUACCCUUAAUUAUCACCUUAUUUAUAGAUUAGACGACAUACCAAAUUUAGUAACUUCCCUUCGACUUGAGAGGACCUUAAAUAGUUAUUCACUGUCUAUGACAAACCAUGUAAACAUAAAAACAUAAAGUCAUACUGUGCCGAGAUCUAUAAAUCCUGACAGAUAGGGGCUUGAUAUUUUCCCAUUUUCUUUUCCCUUUUCUCUUACUUUCUCUCUGUUCUUCUCCCCCUUUUUUUUAAUAUAAAAUAUACGCUAUAAAUAGCCAAAAAACUGCUUUAUAUAGAGAAGCAAAAUAUAGAAACUUAUCUUUCUAAUCUGUCUAUAUUCAUUAGUUAUUUGUCAUAGUAAGUUUAUCAUCUUUGAUUCUUCUCAAAAAAAAUUUAAGAUAUUAUUCACUACUUGUAUUUAACAGUAAUGUCCACUAUACAUACUGUGCCAAGAUCAAAUAAUAGAUACUAUUAUUUCACUGAAUACAAUUUCAAAUAAAAAGUAUACAAAGAUAGCCAGGAUUCAGCUGUAAGCAUUUGCAACAUUUACAACAAUCAAGUAACAUACAUUCAUAUAAAAUGUAAGUUACUUAGCCAGUCAGUGUAAUGACAGGAAUGAAUAAGUAGAUAACUCCCUAAUUCCCAUGGUAUUAGGGAGCUAUCUACUAAAAGGCUGAAAGACCUAAAUUGGUCUUUCAGACAAAUUUACUAAUACUAAGUAAAGGUUACUUAGUAUUAUUAAAUUAUGCCCCUACUCGCUAUACCACGAGUAGGGGCAUGUCUAUUAUUCUAGUUUAGGGCCCCCACCCACCACUCAGGGGUGGGGGCCAGGGGGAGGACAUUAGGUCCCCCCAAAUUUGUAUUUAGGGCCCCCACCCAUUGCUCAGGGGUGGGGGCCAGUGGGGAGGACAAUAGGUCCUCCCCCCUUUUGUUACUUUAGGGCCCCCACCCGCCGCUCAGGGAGGGGGGACCAUUUUUUUUUAACAGUGAGCAGCCACAGGCUCACUUUUUACUAGGUCUUUCAGUCUUUUGGUAGACAACUCCCUAAUACUGUGGGAAUUAGGGAGUUAUCUACCAAGCGGCUGCAAGAAAAAUCCCGAAAUGCCGGAGUUCCGAAGUUCCGAAGUUGCCGAAGUUCCAAAGUGUCUAAGAUCUGAAGUGCCGAAGUGUUUAAGUGCCGAAGUUGCAGAAGUUCCAAAGUGUUGAAGUGCCGAAUUGCUGAAGUCCCGAAUUGACGAAGUUCCGAAUUUCGGAAUGCCGAACCGAGCUGAAUAUUUUCCCCAUGCACAUGCCUACAGCAAACUAUCUUUUUGUUUGAGAAUAAGUUAGAGAGCUGCAUACUUUGGAAAAGCAAACAAAACAUAAAAACACAGAGAUCGUGAAAUUCUGCCUUUAGACAAGUUUUUAUCUUUUUAACUGAGAGGGCAGACAUUUCCCUACUGAAAUUGAAGUUGAGAGCUAUAAUAGUCAGUUAUAUUUUUUACAACACAAACUAAAAGAAUUCCAGAAAUUGUUCACAUUCUAGUCAAUUUUAACUUGACAUAGGAAGCUGUUUAGUGAUCUUGCUCAAAAGGAUGCAUUGUGAUCUAUAAAAUACCUGUGAUUGCCUCAGAAUGUAUGAGUCCAUAUUCGGGAGAUUUAUUUACAUUUUCUGUAUCUGUUGGCAGAUCAUUUACUAUUUUUUUAAAUAUUUUAUUUUAGCUUAUUUAAUAUUAAACUAAAAUCAUAUCUAUAUUAUGUUUACCUUUUAAUUACCAUCCUCUUUUGAUUUUUUUCUCUUCCAUUAGAGAAAAUAAUGUAGUGGUUUCCCUUUCAUUCACCUGUCCGUUAUCAUUUCCUUAACCUUUGGUGUUGUAUAUAAAAGCUUGUGUUUAAGAUUGAGCCUCCAAAAUAUUUCCAUUCAAACAUGUCCACUCUUGCCAUUACCACUAUUUUUUACCCCCAAACUAUAUGGCCUGGUAUUUGAUGACUGAUAAUGAAUGUAAUUGUAGUUUAGUCAGUGUUGGUUCAUUCUUGGACUUGGACUACAUUAAGUAAUGCACAUGCAUUUAAUUAGUGGUGAUGUUCUUUCUCUUUACUUGCAUUGAAGAUACAUUAAUGCAAUUCCAGAAGAGGACUUUGAGAAGAUUGAUCCACAUAAGGUCCCAAAAGCUAUGGAGAAGUAUUUAUUUACUAAGUUCUGGAACAGGUGGGAGCCUGGGAAAAGAAAAUCUGAAAAUCAUUCUUUCAAUCAUCUGACAAAGCCUGAGGAGGUAAGCUUGAGAGUUUCCUCAGCAACUGCUUUAAAAUACUAAUGUUAACAAAAUUAUACACUAAAAACAACAAAAAGUGGAACAAAUGCAGGUCUUUUUACUAAGCACAGUGUUAUGUGAUAGACAGACUGACAGGCAUAGAUACAAAUAGAGAGAAAAAUGUAUGUUCAGAGAAAGGGAAUUGUGCACUCAAGGACCACACUUAACAUUAGUAGUAAACAUAUUUGCACACAAGAAAAAUAUGUUAUUUGGGAAGUUAUAUCUGCGUAAUAAAAUGGUCCACCUUAAAGCGGCAGUGUCACCGUCUGGGGACUUUGCUGAAUUCACAAAGACACACAACAGUGGCAUCGCCACUGGAGGUUCAGUUCUUGGGGGCAGGGGGCAGGUAAAGUGAGAGAUUCUUAGCUGAACCUGUCCCUCGCUGGUGCCGCCAUCUUGUUCAGUCUGCUCCUUUUCACGCCAGGAACCAAUAUCAUGGACUGCGGCUCCUCCAUAGACACAGCCAACUCCCUGCAGCCGUUACUGGUCAUGGCUAUCGGAAUUGACCCUUAGACUAAGAAAGUUAGGCGGAGGAGAAAUACAGUGAUCUUGGUAUAUCUCAUGACUUGGUUACAAUUUCAGUGAAAUUUCAACGCAGUCAUAAUGAGUAUUUCAUAAAGAUUAAUUGUUUCUGUGUAUGUUUAAUGACUUCAGGAAUCCAUACAGAUUGUAGCAAGGAAAACAAAUAUUAAAAAAAUAGAGUAGCAGUCUAUAUGUGCAGUAUAUGGUAAAACAUGUGUAAAUGUUCCCUCAUUUGACUACAUCAUAGUCUAAGCUGAAUAAACAUAAAUGUUGAAUGUAGGAGUAAUAAAAACUUAGCUUUUAUUGAACCAUUUCUUCAAAGCAGCCAAUGCUUUGGUCCACAAGAAUGGGAUCUCUGACUGGUUUUAUACUUCAUAUUUACAUAUAUGGUAUGGGCCUCUAAGACUAUGACUGUGUAUUCUUGAUCAUUUAAUAAGGCUUUCUGGAUAGUAGUAUCACUGUAGGUGCCCUUUCAUUGCCGCUAGGGAAACGAAACAUUGCAAUGGAGCAAUAAAGCAUAGCAUUGUAGAGUUUAUAUCUUUCAUCCUGUGAUAAAAUUGUUAGUUGUAAAUGUCUGUCCAUAUUUUUUUAUUAUCUUACUUUAUGGUGUUAUUUUUGCAUAAAUUUUCACACAAUUUAUAAUUAGAUCCUAAAGAUUGCAUACUGUUCAUAGCCGAACUGUGCAUUUAGUUGCCAACUGCCACUGAGCACAUCUCCUCCUUUAAUGUCAAUGGAAAGUUUUUCAGUGUUCUUUCUGAUCAGUGCAUGUAAGGAGAGCCUAACUGCAAAUUUGUUUCAGUCCAUUAUUGGGUUAAAACCAUUCUAUACGUCUGUCAUUUGAAAGUAAAGGAAGACAAGUUCAAACUCGGUUCUUCCUGUUUAAAGGCUUGUAAUGACAAGGCGACCUUCUCACCCCAGAUGAAGUGCAGCAUCUUUAUAUUAUAACCUAAUAGUGUGUGGAUGGUAUCAUAAUUCUUCCUGUUUUCAAGGCUCUGUUCUUAAAAUACCAGAGAACAUGCAAACACCACCACUGCAGGUGUGCAGGUCAUAAACAUGCCAUGUAGGUGAUCGAUCAGGGUCAGCACACAGAUGACCCAUUUUCCUCUACCUGCAACCUACUGUAAGUUUCAGAACUGCAAAGAAACUGAAUGUGUUCCACUGGUUUAAGAAUCCAGGGGAUACAUACACUGCUAUGGCAAAUAAUUAAAUAAGUCAGUUCAAUAUACAUGGUUUGAUUCCUAUAUUUACCAAUACAUACCUGUAAGCACUGAUGAAAGAUGGAGGAUACUGCAGAAAAAAUGUUAAGACUUGCCCUCAUUCAAUAAUUAAGGCUCACAGUCUACUGCCUUACAUGUAACGUUAUAACGUUAUAAAAUAAUAUAGUAAACCAAGCCUUUACACUUAAUAUCCUGGAUAACUUUACCUCAAUGUUAUCAAGCUGGGAUGUAUAAAUAAACAAAAAGGGGAAAAAAGAGGAAGUUAAACAUUCAAGCUGUAAUUUGUAAGCUUUGGGUCAGGACAUAAAAACCUGCCCGCAGGUUCUUUCAGUGGUUGGAACAGGCUCAUCAUAUUUGUUAGGCCCCAGGCAACUCUCCACAAUAAACUGUUUACUAUAAUAGGCCUGCCCUCCCCGGUUCAUUGGAGACCUGUCGAUACUUGGAAGAGUCUCAUGAAGGUGUUUAAAGUUAUUCUAGUGUAUAUUAUAUUUCAGUUUAAUAUUCAGUUACAGAACUUAUUUUACUAGUGAAGUAUUGGUCACUAUGAAAAGACACCAACACUGUGUAUGUACUGUGGGUAACUGUCAAUAAAAGGGGUAUGACAUACUGAAUUAGGAGCUGAGGCCACUCUGUUGAUCGGUAUUUCUUGAUUUGAAUUUGAACCGUUUACAAGAAAGUUAAGUCAGAAUUUACUGGGUCUGAGCAUAGUUAUAAAACCCAUGACACUGCUUUCUACCAUAAUUCAUGCUUUUCUUCACGUGCUACAGAGCCCUGAUGCUUUUGAAGUUUUCAUAGCUACAGUAGAUGCAAAGAAUAUUUUUCCAUGGUAAUGAGUUCCUUACAGGUUUCACAAUCGAGACAAAUUUUUUUUCUGAGCACAUGUAGAAGUUUAUAGGCAUGCCCUACAAAGUACAGUCUUAAACAAUCUAAUUUAUCAGUACACUGAAUGCUUAUUUGCUCUUAUACAAAAAUCACAUUCUAAGACAAGCCACAAACAUGUUUGUAAAAGAAUACAAAUUUAAGCUUAAUGUAAAGUGCAUGAUAUGAUGCGCUCUUAAAUUCAGUUACUUUGUAGAUAAUGCCACUCAUCAGGCAUAGAUGAUAUAUCACCAUUUAUGUGUUCUACAAUACAGCUUCAAUGGUGGUAUACCAGCCAGUCUAAGUGUUACAAAAGUUGUAGUCUCAAGUUUAUGCUGGCCUGCACAUCCCAGGUUAAUGAGGAAGUAGGUAUUUAUAUUUCUCUAGUAUACAAUUUCAAGUACACGUUUACGUUUUACUAUUUCAAAACAUAAGGGUACUUGUCUGAUUGAUCUUAGAAGAACAAAAUAUAGAGUGGAACCUAGUGGAGCUGGAGUGCCAGCUAAUGGCUAGUAAUCUCUAUCACUUGAAAAAAAUUUACAUUGCAGACAUAGCAAAACCAGCUUUCCCAUAUGAAACUUGAAUAGAGUUAUUUGCGGGUUGAUAGGAGAGCCUAGGAGAUAUGGUUAAUAUUAUUCCUGACAAGUUUUGCAUAUUAUCUAGCAACAAACAUGCUGUUUUCUAAAACUCAACCAUGCUCUAAUUACAAAAUAAUUACAAAAUACUAUCUUUAUAUACUGUGGCAUAUAUGUAUUUAAUGUCUUACUUUCUUCAAGAUAAGUUGUAUGUGCAAAACUAAUGCUACCACUGAACAAUGCACAUAUGAUAUAAAAAGAAUAUGCCAUGCUCCUAUAUUUUAUAAUAUUCUGCUUAUAAUAUUCUGCAUUUAAUAAUGUUUACUGUUUGCAAGUGGGAAGAGAUAAGUGAACUCCACAUUUACCUCCAACACACAGACUGGAUAGUGGGUGCAACAAGGAUGGAGUAUAGCAUCUCUGAUUUAAUGUACAAGUGACGAUGGAUGUAAAUUGGUAUUUUUCAGUGGCCAAGCACUGCAGUUGCAUGACAUUCUUUUGUAAAAUCUUAGUUUUAUUAUAUUUCCUUUUCUGGCAUAUUUUUUGUUGUUGUUAAAUGUCUAUUUAAUGCAAGCAGCAUUUCUAACCCUGUGUAUGAUGGCAGAGACAAAUGGAGUUCUACAUAUUAUGUGACACAUACAUGGUCUGACAGCAUCAUGGUUUUAGCCAUUGAUUUUGCAUAGAACAUGCUGUCUUACAUAGAACAAAGAAAGAUAUUCUUAUCUAAACCUUUGAGCUGAAUGAAUGGUGUUCUUUGCUUUGUCCUCUACCAUGUUUGAUCAAAGCAAGUUACUGAAAUUAAGACGUUAUGACCUUUCAGCUGUCAUUUAUUGAUCAUGGGUUACAUUCAUUUUACUAAUGAACCACAUUUCACACAUUAAGACUAGUGAUGUCCCGAACGGUUCGCCGCAGACUCAUCAUUGAGUAAACUUUGACCCUGUACCUCACAGUCAGCAGACACAUUCCAGCCAAUCAGCAGCAGACCCUCCCUCCCAGACCUUCCCACCUCCUGGACAGCUCACUAAGAAUGCAGCUUCACAAUGAAUGUAAAAUGGAUGCUGUCCAGGAGGUGGGAGGGUCUGGGAGGGAGGGUCUGCUGCUGAUUGGCUGGAAUGUGUCUGCUGACUGUGAGGUACAGGGUCAAAGUUUACUAAAUGAUGAGUCCGCGCCGAACCGUUCGGGACAUCACUAAUUAAGACACAUAAAUAUAAGUUACACUAGUGACACAGCCAAUAUGGGAAGUCUCUUGGGAUAAUACCUAUGUAUAAAUACGGAUACUCUAGCUUUGCUCUCCUGUACGAAUUCAGAGCUUUCAGUAUAUCUUGAUGUAGAUCAAGUUAAAGCAUUACAUAUUUCCUACAUCUGGUCUGGAGACAUCUUAAACAUAGUGAAAUAUGCCGAAUCCAAAGUAUGCGCCCUUUAUCUCUAAAGUCAGCACUUGAUCAUUCUGAUUCAUUAUCCAUCUGGUUUUCCAUAUGGAUUCGAGAAAUCAGGUGAAUUAUUUUCGGUCUCACUCUUUGACACCAUUGCUGUGGUUAGACCUUAAACUAUGAUAUGUGAGAUAAACUUAAAAGUGGAAAUAACAUCUAUCCAUGAUUGUUUAUCCGACAGCAAGAUUAUUGAUUAAAAGACAUUUUGUAAGGAAUAGGACAGAUCCUGAUAUUGUUGCAGCCUUCUACGUUCUGUCAGGCAUGGUUUAAAAGUGUUACCUCACAGUACAUGAAAAUCAUAUGGUCUUUAUGUGAAAAUAAAUAAUCACAGUGGUUACUUUAGCACCCCAUGGUAAGUUAAAUUCUUUCACACCGGGAGAUCAUGAAUUCCACACACAGAUGGGCAGAAAUGUCAAGCCUUGCCUGACUGAGGGUAAAAGUUAUAAGCAUCCCCCCCCAAAAUGCAUCUUUUAACCUUAUUUUAUAGCAUUUAUUUGGUAUAUCAUAUUACAAAUAGAUUGUUAGUAUUUCAUCUAUACAUCUUUUAACACCAUUGAUAGCAUUUAUUCGUUUUAUAUCCUUUCUGUUUAUCUAUAAGUGUAUCUAUGUGAUUGCUUUAGAGAUAUCUAAUUAAUAGGGACACUCACAGUACAUUUUAUGGCAUAUAUUAAAGCAUUAUUUAAAAUAGAAGAUGAUUGUCUAAGCCAUAUUGGGCGACGUCAAAAUGAUCUUUCUGUAAAUGUAUCUUCUAGUUGAGUGUUUCCCAAUCCAGUUCUUAAAGCACUCCAAACAGUGCAGGUUUUAUCAGUAUCUUCACUGGUACAGAAUUGGGAAAUACCAAAUCUAAAGCUGUUGGCGUUCUUUGAAGAUUGGAUUUGGAACCACUGUUCUAGACUACAUUAACUCAUAAAUGUUACAGCACAAUGUUUCAAUUAAUAUCUAGCUAUGCAAGUCCUGCAACCCAUAUGUUUAGUUAUUUUGUUUUUUUGAUAACAGAGUCCUUUUAUGUUUUAUUGUCCACUUUUCCAGUUCAGCAACUACUCUGACACAAUGAUGUAGUGGUCACACAAUGUAAAAAUGUGAUUCAUAAAUGUACUUGUAUCAAUUUCCUCUAAUUCAAAGCAGUGAAUUUACACAAUCAAAUCAAUGUUCACACUCACUCUUUUAAAAUUAUCAAUUGGCACUUUCACAGUUGUAGAUAAACAACGAUCCACUCCAACCUUACCUAGUGAUUUGCUAUCAUAGUGAUUAAAUAAUAAAGACUUUUAAAAGUCUUUGAUAAAGUUAAAAAGUCUUUGAUAAAUAUGGCAACAUAAUUACGUUGAGUAAGAGAGCUUUGGUUUUAGGGGGUCAAUGGAAUACUUGCUUCUACUUCAUCUGGCUGACAACUAUAGGAGUUACACAUCACAGCACCUUAAAAGCAGGGACCUCCUAAAACCUACAUAUUCACUAUUCCUUACUCUAGGUCCCUCUAUCACUACCCCAAACCUAAGCCAACUAUCUCUAAAUACCCUUAACUUUACAUUUUCCUUAACUUUACAUUUUCCUUAUCAGCCUCACUUUAUCAAGACAUAAAUGUAUUUUUUUAACUUCAAAUUUUUUUUACUAGAUACAUCGGUUGUAAAGUUAAAAAUACUUAUUCUUGCAUGGUGCUGUUUUGGCAUAUACUCAUUCUCCAUGACUCUCCCACUGAGGUGGCUGUGAAUGAGAAGCAAAGAUUGAUGCUCACUAGGCUACUAACCAAGGGCUUCAAAUCAGUUUAAUGAAGAAUACUUUAUAGAAUGCAUAACACAAACUUGUAUUAGCAUUAAAAAAAACAAAACAAAUUAAUUAACUCAAACCUGAGAUGCCCCUUUACAUCACAUCUAAAUGUGUAAUGACAGAGUUUAAUUGUGCAUUGGUCAUAAGUAAAAUUUUAAUGGAAUUAUGGGUCUAGUAACAUUGCAAACUCCACACUCCCCAGUUAAAGUAAUCAAUUCACUGCCCAUCAGGCUUGAGAAUGUGAAAUAAAAGCCAAAGACUGUUAGACUAUCCAAAGCAAUAUGGUUCUUUAAUUCAUUAUAUAUAAACUUAAAUUGCAUAUCGAUUGAAAUCACCAUAAAAAACCUAUGUGAAUCAGGGAUCAGACAGGUCAAUGGUCUGAGAACAAGCAGCAUGGAGGCAUAACACAGUUAAUUAUAACUGGAAGUGGACAUCUGUUAAUCUGACCUUUCACCUUCAUUAUUAUAGGGCAGGAGAACAUAUUGCCCAGGUCACCCUAUUGAUUACCUGACUUUCAGAUUUAAACACGGUCUACCACAAACGCUUGUCUCACUGAACAUUAAACAAAUGCCAGACAUAUUUGUUUGGUAUGUAUUAUAUUCAUAAACUUGCAGUAGGUAAAAAAAAAGAGUUCUAUCCUGUUUCCUCUGCUAAAUGUGUGUUUUUUUUUUAUUAUUCUUUAUUUUUGUAUGACAUGAGAAAAAGACACAACAGUAAUGGUACAGCAAAAUACGUUCCACAAAUUAUCAGGUAUUCUUGUAUUCUAAGUUAUUCACAAGGUACGAGGACAGUGAACAUCUAUGUGAUACCAUUACACUUAAGGUUUGCAAAUUGGCAGUCAUAGUUUCUAUAAUAUUAAUUUCCUUAAGAUAAAGGGAGAUAGGAAAAGAAAAAGAGAAAAUAGAGAGGAAGUAGUAAUAAAAGGCAGAGCUUGAAAUGCCUUGUCAGGAGUAUACGGUGGACAGGGGGGAGCAAAGGGGAGGAAUCAGUGUCCAUGGGGAGUGGUAGGUAGAAGGGUCGGCUUCAGAAGUGUAUGAGAGCCUCAAGCAUGGUCAAGUUGCCCCGCCAACCUGCCCUCAUUAAAUUCCCAAAGGACUGUUCUCCCGUGGUUCCAAAACUUUUUUAAAUGCUUUAGUGGCUCCCCUCACUCUAGCUGUCAGAUCAUUCAUCAAGUGAAUCUCUUUGAUUCUGGUUAUCACUCCCGCAAAAUUUGGGCUCCCCUGUUUCAGCCAGGAUUUUAUGUAUAAGUUUUUUUUUGGUUCUGGUCAAACCGUCUAUGGAUCUAUUUAGCAGAUACACCCAAGGGUCUAGUUCCAGGGCCGUAGAGAACACCUGAUUUAACAAAUUCUUAACCAAAUUCCAGAAUCUUACCUUGAGUGGGCACUCCCACCACAUAUGCAAGUAUAUCCCCUUCAAUCAGCAUCCCCUUCAACAAAUGUCAGUUGUGGAUUUGUUCAUUCUUUACUGGAGUUGUGUACCAUCGAGAAUUGUUCCUGGAGGUUUACGCACAUAGAAGUGGUAUUGCUAGCUUCCCAUAUCUCCUGCCAUUCAAUACCCUCUAGUUCCUCACCUGGAUCGCGUUCCUACUGGUCAGCAUAUGUCAGUUUACCCCAUUCCCCAUUCUCCAAGCAGAGGUGGGCGUAAAGUAGUGUUAUCAAUCCUUUAGUCAUAAUUUCGGACAUGCAGAUACGUUUGAAGAACGUCAACAGUUUAUGCGCUGCUACUUUGAUGUGGGGUUGUUUCGCAAAAUCUAAAAUUUUUAGAUACCUAAAGAAAUUGGAAGGCAUAAGAUGCUUCCGUUGUUUGAGGUCAUUGAAAGUAAUGACCUUGGCACCCUGGAAUAAGUGGCAUAUCCUCUGAAGGGCUGCCUGCUCCAGAUUUUGGAAGUGCCCAGCAGUCAGACCUGGGAGAAAUACCCUGUUGCGGAGGUUAGGCAUAAGGGGAAAAAGGGAUGAUGCCAACUUAUACUUUUGCUUCGACGAGUCCCAGAUUCUCAAAAAGUUUCCGCUUUUUCGGCCGAUACAAUACCUGCCUGGAUAUUCGUGUCAUUUAUUUUGCCACAUAAAUGUACCUAUGGCUUGUUGUAAGGGUAGUAGGUGCGCCUUAGUGAUAUGUAUAGGUAGCGCCUGGAACAGGAAAAGGAUACGUGGCAGGACGUUCAUUUUUACAGAAUUAAUCUGUCCUAUCCACGAUAUGGGUUUGUCAGUCCACUUGUCCAUGUCCUUUGUCAGUGUUUUCAUUAAGGGCAUGUAGUUAUGGUUAUAUAAUUUCUCUGGGUCCGCUGUUAAGUGAAUCCCUAAGUACUUGAGAGAGCUUUUUUCAAUGUGUAUUUUAUAUGUAUGGUACAAUUAAUAUUCUCUUGGAUAUGCCCACGUCUGCUCUUUGAGGAUAUGCAGCUGGUAGCCACUCUACCCACGAUCUAGUAGCUAUCCCCACCCUCCAAACCCCAACCCCACCCGUGUGCCCUGACCCCAAAGAAUAAAGGGAGAAAGGAAAGAAAGAAAAGAGAAAAGGUACGCAAUAUGCAUACCUAGAGAGAUUUGAAAGUCGUCUGGUCUUACUAAUAGCCAGAUCCAUGCGGGGUACAUAGUCUGGCACCUCUACCACGCACAUCGCUCGUGAGAGAUGUGGUUCCUGUACAUGCUGCAAUGCCACAUUUGUACUCUAGAAAGCCAGCAAAUACUUUAACUGCUCGAACUAUGCACCAAGUAUAAGAAUAUACAGUAUUGCAACAACAAUGAGACAAUAAUUGCACAAUUAACAUGCUUCAUAAACCCACGGGUGUAGGCCUCAUCACUACUUGGGUGCUACCUAGGUGGGCAUGUUACCUUGUCUCUUCAGGGAAAGAAGGUGUUGGCGGACAAGGGAAGGGGGGGGUUAUAGGAAAAUGGGACUUAAGAUCUAAGGACGAUAUCAACCUACCUCGGCAGAUGGCCCAGAAGAAAUCUCCACCUAACCUACUGGUCUCCCUAGACGUCAAUAGUAAGUUAUUAUCUUAGGGAGGACAGUCUUUAUAAGAGGCCUAUAAAGUUACGAUUUAAUUUUGUACCUGUGGAUCACUUGAGAGCAAAGGGUCAAUUUUGUAAGGCCGUUGUAUGAUGCAGCAAACAGUUUCUUAAGAGCGUGCUCAUAAGGGAGGUCUCUCUGUUGAUGACUUGGGACUUAGUAAGCUACCCUUUAAGAAUAGUUCGGCCCUAUUUAGAAUUACAUUUUGAAACUGCAUAUUCCGUUUGGAAAUAAAUUUUAAAUUUAAGCAAAGAAUAUCCAUGCUUGUAAAAUAACAGAGUUGCUCUAGGCAAAUGAACUUGCGAGGAGAAUCAUCACUGGUGUACUUUCACUGACUGUACAAGAAUACAAAAUAGGGAAGAUAUUAAAUAUACCACACGACAACAGGAUCCUCCAUAAAUCUUCUCAUGUAUAUGCAAUAUGAUACCAUAAGCAUCAUAAGAGAAGAUGCCUGUUUCCAUCAGAUGUUCCAAGUGACUGGCUGAUGGAAAAUGGCAAGAUCUGUUGUUUGACACAUUUUUCCAAAAAUAACCCUCUACACACGUUGAAGUUUUUCUUAAGAUAAACUAAAACAGUUCAUAAAGAUCACAUCUUUGGAGGCGGAGCCAAGCCACUGCACUGAACGGUCGCAUGCUGUCCGAACUCCGGGACAAAAAGCUAUUAAUAACCCUCCAAUAUACCCCAAAACACACAUAUUGGCUAUUAACUGGAUCCCCAAGCUGCUACCAACACAAUGGGACAGAAGACGAAAAAGCCCAGACCCGAUAAGCCUCGGCAGAACGUGAGCAUCGGCGACCUCUGGAGACAAGCUCAGGGCGCCAUAGGACCAAACAUGGCCGCCUUCAACGAUGAAUGCUCUGACUUUUCGGAUGACUACAUGCCUGGAACAGAAACAGAGCCCCCACCUGCACCGAAGGCUCCUCUCCCAGCUCCCUCACCACCGGAGCCGCCUCCACUCACUACAGCAAUCAUGAAGAAACUGCUGGUAGGGGUUCAGCUUGCCAUACAGUCCGACAUGGCCCAGAUACGCAAAGACCUCCAGGGCCUAACGGGUCGUCUAAACGUACUGGAGCAAGACUCCAACUUGAAUGUCAAACACACCAAGCACCUGCAACAGGCAGUAAACGACCUGCAGAAGCAGAACCUUAAAUAUGACUUACAAUUUGCAGCACUGGAGGACCAGAGGCGAAGCGGGAAUUAAGAUCCGAGGGAUCACGGAGGAGAUGCCGGAGGCCGAGGUACCACAUUUCGUUCAGCGACUCAUAAUGGCCCUCCUAUCCCCUAAGUACGCAAAGCAGGUGACCCCAGAGGGGAUGUUAUGUCUCCCGAGGCCCGCCAAGGCACCUAAGACGCUACCUAGGGAUCUUCUAGUGCGCUUCUCCUACACCAGAGACAAAAUAGCGGUGAUGUCAGCAACGCGCCACCAAAGUCCUUACCAAUUUGAAAACCAGUCGCUGUCUUUCUACACGGACCUGUCGAAGUCCACACUGGCCUGGCGCCGCUCGCUGCAGUCCCUCACCUCCCUCCUCUGCACGCAAAACAUCGUCUAUAAGUGGAAGGGACCACACGCGCUGCAAAUCCAUCAGGGAGACUCCACACACACCAUUCAUGACCUGCAGGACGCAAGAGAACUCCUUCCCACCCUGGGCCUGCAGCAGGAUUCCUUAACACCAAGGGGACCAAGCACCACCUCCAUACCUCUUGGGCUAGGGGACCCGGCAACAGCUGUCUCGUUUGUCCCCCCGACGACAUGUUGCAGAGAACUAUGCAGCGGUAACGACCUGACAGAGCGCCGGCAGCAAAUGGAGUCCACAACCACAUACCCGUAGCCCCCCUGACCCACGGACUAACCCGAACAUCUAUGGACUCCGGCAACAACGCCUUCGCAACCCCCCAUCGCAGGGUGUCGACCAAGCAAAUUACAGGGACACUUGUAACUCGCAGGAUCAGCCUGCAGUAACCACACCAUACGGUCUGAGAAGACCACAAGGUGUCCUGACAUUCACAGGCAACGUCAUGGUUAACUGUUUACCUAAAUAACAUUACAACUUUGUCUCCUACAGCACCUACAUGACAUGUCUGCCAUUAUACUUAACCCACAUUACACUCCUUCCAAAGUUCACUUUUUAACCCUUGCAUACCUGGGUAGAAAGCUAAUUGCCCAGGACAUACCCUACAGAACCAAAUUUCUUUACUGCAUUCUACAUGAUCGUACUGCAUUACAGCAAGCGAGACACUACCAACCUUAAACGUUCAGCCGACAUUUCGCCUUUAACUUGGCUCCAAGCAUUACAUAGCUGUACAACGUCAAGUCAGGGUAAAUAUUUACGUGGCACCAAUUGCUCUGUAUAGACCCGAGCAUGGUAUAUAUUAUUAUAUUUUGAGUCACCUUUUAUACGCUUACCAAGCUAGGCGCUCUAGGCUGCGCAGUAUCACUCCUCCGACAACUCUCAGAUAAACAGCGACGGUCCACUUAGUGAAUAACCGCGGAUUAAAUUGUACAGACAAACACUCAGCCCUAACACUAAGACCACACACCGGCUUACUGACAUACCCUGCUUAAGUCGGUCUCACUAGUUUAUGUCAGGAUUACUGUUUGAUUCAGCACGUAGAACUGUACAGCACGGAUGACAAAUAAGUAACGUAUUACCGGUCCUUAGAAUGGCCGGAUUUAACGUACAAAGAAUAGUCAAAAAUACUAGCCGAGGUCAGGGAACACAGAAAGGGACACAGCGAUGAGGAAAGCCAGGAGUCAGGAUACCAGAAUGUAGAGAAGUCAAUAAACAAAGCCAAAGUCAAAAACCAGGUAGAAAACUAUAAACAGGAACGCGCUCUCGGACAACCACAAGGGAAACCACGACAGGGCACUGAGCAGGCUGAGAACUGGGCCUAAAUAACCCUCCUUUAGUUCUGAUAGGCUGUAACCGGCCUUUGACCCCAAAGUCAGUUACCAGGUUUCAUUUGCAUAAUUGCUGCUCAGCAUUAACCCUUCUGUGGAUUAGGUUGCUGCUCGGCACAACUUUUCCUGUGUGGACAGUAAAUGUCAUUAACCACUUUUCUAUAAGCGGAUGAAUACAUGACACCAGGUUUUCAUUUGCACAAUUACUGCUCAGCAUUAAACCUUCUGUGGAUUAGGUUGCUGCUCGGCACAACUUUUCCUGUGUGGACAGUAAAUGUCAUUAACCACAUUUCUAUAAGGGGAUGAAUACGUGACAGUUUAACAUUGAGCAGCAAUAGCCAGCUCUAUAUUGCUAACGUAACCUAGGUUUCCUUUAUUAGCUAAUAAGCAGACCUGACAUGUUUUUGUGUUUUGUUGGCAAUGUAAUGCCUAGCGAUUUCAUAUUUGGUUUAUCUUUAGUUUAUCUUGAUGUUUAACGCACACAGCUAAGAUAUGCCUCAAUUAGUCAAGAAGGUGACACUAGCACAUUACACUCAGUCAGUCUGUUAAAUUGAAUUAGGGUACCUUGUCUGCCUCACCCUACAACUGACAUGCUGACUUAAACAUUGUUGAUACCACUUUAAAUUAUAAAAUGUGCAAUGUACAAUUAUGCCAAACAAUUGUCUUCAUAUGUUGAUCUACAAACAGGCAAUAGCUGUGGCAUUGCUUGCUUUGUUUUUCCUAUGCACAAUAAAAUAAAGAAUUAAAAAAUGUUUUAAUUUUGACUGCUUUAGUGGUUAAGAUUAGAGAUGAGCGGAUACCUGGAUGAGCGGACUCGAACUUGAUGCGAACUUGACCCCGAACUCCAACCCCAUUGAAGUCAAUGGGGACCCAAACUUGGGUACUAAAAUGGCUCUAUAAAAGUUCUGGAAAGGGCUAGUGGGCUGCAAAAGGAAGUAAAAUGGGGGUAAGAGUAGGACAAGUGCCCUGCAAACAAAUCUGGAUAGGGAAAUAACUUAAAAUAACAUAAAUUAUAUAAAAAUUAAAAAUAAUAAUCUUGAACUAGGAGGAGGAGGUGGAUGUGAAGUAGGAGGUUGAGGAGGCGGUUGAGGCGGAGGAGGUAGCCAACACUGUAUUUUUUUUUUUUUAAUUGGGGUAGCCCCCAAAAUAUUGGGACAUAUAAAAAAAGAAAACAAAGAAUAAGUGCAUUUGAGUAUAACAAUGGCUAGGUGAGGCUGGUAUAAAUGUCUAUUCUGCACAAGGUACAGACAAGUCUAGUGGGAUCCAUGCCUGGUUCAUUUUAAUAAACGUGAGCUUGUCCAUGUUGGCUGUGGACAGGUGGCUGCGCCUGUCUGUCAUAAUGCUCCCUGCCAUGCUAAACACACGUUCAGACAAUACACUGGCUGCAGGGCAGGCCCGCACCUCCAAGGCAUAAAGGGCAAGCUCAGGCCAUGUGCCCAAUUUGGAGACCCAGAAUUUGAAUGGGGCAGACCCAUCAGUAAGUACGUGUAGGCGUGUGCACACGUACUUGUUUCACCAUGUUGCUGAAAUGCUGCCUCCUGCUAAAACGUUCCAUAUCAGCUGGUGGUGCUGGUUGUUGUGGCGUGCUGACAAAGCUUUUCCACAUUUCGGCCAUGCUAAUCCUGCCUUCUGAGGUGCUGGCGGUGCCCCAGCUGCAUUGGCGACCUCUUCCUCCUCCUCUGCCUUCGCCUUGUGCUUCGGCUGAGCCCCCGGUGUCAGUUGGGAAUGCCCUCAGCAGCGCGUCUACCAGCGUGCGCUUCUAGUCGCGCAUCUUUCGAUCAUGCUCCAGUGAGGGAAUUAAGGAUGGCACGUUGUCCUUGUAAUGGGAAUCCAGCAGGGUGGCCAUCCAGUAAUCAGCACAAGUUAGAAUGUGGGCAACUCGGCAGUCAUUGUGCAGGCACUGCAGCAUGUAGUCGCUCAUGUGUGCCAGGCUGCCCAGAGGCAAGGACAAGCUGUGUCCUCCGUAUCACCCCAGCCACGCUUCAGUGAUGCCCACGAGCUGCGUUGGGUGCCACGCUGCUGUGAACACGGUUCCUCCUCCUCCUCCUCCUCCUCCUCAUCCUCCAGAACUGUGCCCUGGCUGGACAAUUGUGUACCUGGCCUAUGCUGGUGCAGGAACCCACCCUCUGAGCCACUUGUGAAUGACUGGCCUUAUAACCGUGGAAAUGACCCCUCUUCCUCCUCCUCUUCCUCCUGUGCCACAUCCUCUUCCAUCAUCGCCCAAAGCAUUUUUUCAAGGAGACAUAGAAGCGGGAUAGUAAGGCUGAGAACGGCGUCAGCGGCACUGGCUAUGUUGGUGGAGUACUCAAAAAAGUGCAACAUGGCACACAGGUCUUGCAUGGAGGCCCACUCAUUAGUGGUGAAGUGCUGCAGCUGAAGCUCCACUAUCGCCUGCUGCUGCUAGCACAGCCUCUCCAGCAUGUGCAAGGUGGAGUUCCACCUUGUGGGCACGUCGCAUAUGAUGCGGUGAGCAGGAAGGCCGAAGUUACGCUGCAGUGCAAACAGGCGAGCAGCAGCAGGGUGAGAACCCCAAAAGUGCGCACAGAUGGUCCGCACUUUCUGCAGCAGCUCUGAUAUAUCUGGGUAAUUUUUCAGGAAUUUCUGCACCACCAAAUUCAGCACAUGCGCCAGGCAAGGAAUGUGCGUCAAACCGGCUAGGCCCAGAGCUGCUACGAGAUUUCGCCCAUUAUCGCACACCACCAGGUCAGGCUUGAGGCUCAGUGGCAACAACCACUCAUUGGUCUGUUGUUCCAUGCCCAUCCACAGCUCCUGCGUGGUGUGGGUUUUUCCCCCCAAACAUAUGAGUUUUAAAACGGCCUGCUGUCAUUUCCCCCUGGCUGUUCUGAAGUUAGUGGUGAAGGUGUUACGCUGACUGGAUGAGGAAGUGGUAGAGGAGGAGGAAGCGGAGGAGGAGGAGGAGGCGGCAACAGGAGGCAAAGAGAAAUGCCCUGCAAUCCUCGGUGGCGGAAGGACAUGUGCCAAACUGAUAUCCACCUCAGGCCCAGCCGCCACUACAUUUUCCCAGUGUGCAGUUAGGGAGAUAUAGCGUCCCUGCCCAUGUUUACUGGUCCACGUAUCAGUGUGUGGACCUUGCCCCAGAUGGCCUUGCACAGUGCACACCUGAUUUUGUCUGCCAAUUGGUUGUGCAGGGAAGGGAUGGCUCGCCUGGAAAAGUAGUGGCGGCUGGGAACCACUUACUUUGGGACAGCCACCGCCAUCAGGUUUUUAAAACUGUCCGUCCCCACCAGACUGAAUAACAGCAUUUCAAAGGUCCCAAAUUUUGAAAUGCUAGCAUUCAGGGCCAGGGAUCAUGGGUGGGUAGGGGGAUACUUCAUCUUUCUCUCCAGUGCUUGGGAGAUGGACAGCUGAAUGCUUCCAUGGGACAGUGUGGAGAUGCUUGAGGACGGUGGCGGACAUGGUGGCAUUGCUGCCACAUCCUCUGUUUGAGGGGUGGCAGGUGCCACUGUCACUCCAGAGGUGGAGGAAGAGACCGAGCAGAAUAAGAAGCAGGAGGAGCCUGAGACCUUUCUUGGUUUUUGAGGCGCUUACUCCACUGCAGCUCGUGCUUUGCAUGUAGAUGCCUGGUCCUUCAAGUUGUGCUCAGGUUUAGAACGUUUAUGCCUCGCUUCAGGCUCUGAUUGCACAGCGUGCAAACCACUCAUGUCUUGUCGUCAGCACAUUGUCUGAAGAACUGCCACGCCAGGGAACUCGUUAAAGCUGGCUUUGGUGUGCUCGGUCCCUCGGUGCAGUGGGCAGUAGCAGGCGUACUGUCUAGGGGACGGCCGCUCCGCUUUUGCACCCUGCUCCCUCUUAAGCUGUGCUGGUGCCUCUGUGUGACCACCGCCUCUUCCUCCAAACUGCACUCGUCACUUGCAUGACCUUGAUUCCAUGUGGGGUCUAGGACCUCAUCAUCCUCCACAUCAUCUUCCACCCACACCUCAACCCUGCCCUCCUUGCAGAAAGCCUCAGUAGUUGGCACCUGUGUUUCGCCAUCAUCAGAGACAUGCUGCGGUGGUCCUUGCAUGUCCACAUCCUGACACAUAAGUGGUUGUGCAACAGUGCACUCAAUCUCUUCCACUUCUGGGGCAGGGCUAGGUGGCUGGCCCACGGAAACCCCGCGAGCAGAGUCAUCUAAAAGCAUGACUUGUUGCUCAGACUGCUUGGCUGAUUUGCAAGGGGCUGAGGUGAAAGACAGAUGGCCAUGGGCUGUAGGUGCCAACUCUGAGCUUUCAGCAGGGGACCAGGUGGGAGACAUGUGAGGGAACUGGAGGCACUGUCAGCCAUCCAAUCUUCUAUCGCCUAUACUUGUUCUGGCCUCACCAUUUGUAGAGCGGCAUUCGGGCCUACCAAAUAACGCUGAAGGUUCUGUCACCUACUCUCACCUGAGGAAGGUGUUUUACCUGUGCGUGUAGCUGGCACAGAUCGACCACGUCCUCUCCCUGCAACAGGAGCUCCACCAAAACCAGCAGCACCACAACCAGGGCCACGUCCCUUAUUUGACGCUCUCCUCAUUCCUUGCGUUCACCCACCAAACUAACAGAUGGUUUAAAUUUGAAUUUUUCAAAGUGCGAUGUAACCACAGUAUUUGACGGUUCUAUUUGACUCUCAGAUAUGAAGUGCACACCCCAAAUUUACUUUUAAGCACAAAAAGAAUGAGAAUUUUUAAAAGUGCAAUGUAAGCACAGUAUUUGGCGGCUCUAUUUGACUCUCAGAUAUGAAGUGCAGCGCAGGCAGAAAAUGUACUAUUUAGCACCCAAAAAUUUUUAAUUUUUCAAACUGCGAUGUAACCACAGUAUUUAACGGUUCUAUUUGACUCUCAGAUAUGAAGUGCAUGCCCCAAAUUUACUUUUUAGCACCAAAAAAAUUAUAAUUUUCAAAAGUGAGAUGUAACCACAGUAUUUGAUGGUUCUAUUUGACUCUCAGAUAUGAAGUGCACGCCCCAAAUUUACUUUUUAGCACCAAAAAAAUGUGAAUUGUUAAAAGUGCGAUGUAACCAUAGUAUUUGACAGUUCUAUUUGACUCUCAGAUAUGAAGUGCACUGCAGGCAGCAAAUGUACUAUUUAGCACCCAAAAAAUUAAAAUUUUUAAAAGUGCGAUGUAACCACAGUGUUUGAUGGUUCUAUUUGACUCUCAGAUACGUAGUGCACGCCACAAAUGUACUUUUUAGCACCCAAAUAAAUUGAAUUGGUCAAACUGCGAUGUAACCACAGUAUUUAAAAAUGCCUAGAUGUUGCCCACUGAGCUACCAGAACAGGAUUAAAGUAAUGUGCCUGGCACACAUGCACUUGCAAGUUUCCACCUAACAAACAGAUUGAUUGCUUAUUUCUUUGUGGCACUGGGCUCAGGGCAGGGUACAAAAAUGUAGUAUAGCACCCACAAAAAUAAUUGCUGUAGUUUACAGAUUCAACACCAGAAUUCUUUCCUAAUCUGUCCCUCACAGCUGCAGCCUCCUCUCCCUACACUAAUAAGAGCUCAUGUGAAUCCAGCUUAUAUAGAGGCUGGGUCACAUACUGCACUGGCCAAUCACAGCCAUGCCAUUAGUAGGCAUGGCUGUGAUGGCUUCUAAGGGCACACGAGUCAGCUUUUCAAAACGCGCCAUUAAAUCGCCGAACACUGAACUCGAACCCGAACUUUUACUGAAAUAUAGAAACAUAGAAACAUAGAAUGUGACGGCAGAUAAGAACCAUUUGGCCCAUCUAGUCUUCCCAAUUUUCAAAAUACUUUCAUUAGUCCCUAGCCUUAUCUUAUCGUUAGGAUAGCCUUAUGCCUAUCCCACGCAUGCUUAAACACCUUUACUGUGUUACUGUGUUGUUAAAUAUCCGUGUUCAGGGUCCAAAAAUCGUAAUGUUCGGGUUCGCUCAUCUCUACUAAGGGCACACAAGUCAAAAGCUUGUUGAUUGGCUGCCCUGCAGCUUUUCAAAACGCGCCAUUAAAUCGCCGAAUACCGAACUCGAACUGUUACUGAAAUGUCCGUGUUCGGGUUCGGGGUCCAAAAAUCGUAAUGUUCGGUACGAACCCGAACUUUACAGUUCAGGUUCGCUCAUCUCUAGUUAAGAUGCUAAUAUGCUAAAAUUGUAAAGCACUGUGGAAUAUGCUGGCGCAAUAUAUAUGCUAAUAAUAAUAUACUCUAACACAUGCUCAUGAGCCACUGCCUUAUAGCAUAAAACCCAUGAGACUGUACAGAGUUUUUGUUUCUACUCUACCAAUUAUUUACCCAAGUCUGUAUGUUAUUUCGAUUAACGGUUUUGAAGGAAGACAUCGAGAAAGAGAGAGCGUGCCUUUUUUUCUUUUGUGUUAGGGAUCUGGCCUUUAACUUGAUUUACUAUAAUUUAAUACACACUUGUAGCUUUUUAUUUAAUGUACAAAAAAUGUUCUGAAUUACAGGUUGGCCUUUAUAUUUCUGUUAAUUAAAAGCCUUGACAUUUUUCCAUUUCAAACACAUUUAAGUAUGCACGGUUGAAUGUAUGCUAUGUAUAAUCUCUUAAUCACAUUGAUUUAAAGCAUAAUGUUUACAUAUUUGAAAUAGUAAGCCUGCCACAUUUGAUUGGCACUGUGUCAUUUGGCCAUGGAAUGCAUUCACUGCCCCUUUUAUUUUCCCAUAGAGAUGACAUUUAAUAUGUACUAACAUGAAGCACAUGGCGGAGUAAAAAAACAAACUAUAAAGUGACAGCAGACAAACCAUCUUUUUACUCACUGUCUCUUCUACAAAAACAAAAGCAGACAGAUGCAAUUGCUAGAAUAACAUAUUACCAUGAUUAACAAUAGUAGUCAACCCUUUAAUUGCUUAUUAGAUUCUGUACUUCUACUCUGAUUAUUUAACAAACAAAAACUUGUUUGAGACUUGAAUGAGGAAUAACAGGGAAAAGCUAUUGAGUUUUUGCAAUUUACUCUGUUUUGUAUCUUCUGUUUGUUUUUGCUCUAAAACAUUUCCUUAGGGUUUCUCUUUGUAAAAUGGUUAAUCCAGACAUGGACCCUUUCUUUUCAAAUAAUUUUUAUUAAAGUUUUUAAAAUUUUUGUAUAACAAAUGAUAGUAAUACAAACAUUGUAUUAGAGACUUGGAUCCUUUCUCAUAGUGUCUAGACUCUAGAGGUUUAUGAGCUACACCUCACCUAAGAGUCCAAUGGAGUCUGAAAAAAUUAUCUGGAGAUGCACGGCUGCCAUUAUGGGUGGAAUCAGUCUGAUAUGUGAGUGUAGUAGAUUAUCUCUGUGGUGGCCCAAGUGAGCAAAACCUGUUUGAGACCUGAGUGAGGACUACCUGAAAGGGAAGCUACUCGUUUUAGCAAAAGUAUCAUAUUCUUCCCUUGUCUAAUAUCUUCCUUCUUUUCCACAAAAAAUUUCCACAUCCCUCCUCCAAAUUAAAAAGGCAGUCAGGAUUCACUAAAAAUAAAAAGGAUACAUUAAUCCUACAAAUUCAAAUUUUGCCUAUAAAUAGUUGUGCAUUUACAUCAUCUGUAUUUGUCUUACCUUGUACAAUAAUUACAAUAAUGAACACAAUAUCUCUGUCAACGUUAUUAGAUACAGAAAGGUGGCCUUGGGACACGGGUCUCUAAGACUGUGUUUUCCCUCUGUGUACUCCCAUAUCAUUUUGUCAGAGAUGAAAGGAAAGUGAUAACAGCGAGACAGUGGCUGACUGAAGCUUCCUCAGACUUGCUGAGUGACUGCUACACCUCCAGGUUGCUCUGGGCCAGUAAAUGCACGAUCACAAGCCCCCUCCACAUAUUUUAUUGUCUUACUUUGGUACGUAAGUAUUGUCACACACUAUAAAAGCAGUAAUAUUUAUAUUCUGGCUACUACCGCACAAAUGUGAUUUCAAAACAUACUGUCUGUAAAACAAGAGCCCAAAUGCAUUUAAGCCUUCAUUAACUUAAAAAAAAAUGAACAUAAAAUGUAUUUGAAACAUUUUCAGCAUUACUUCCAUGCAUAUGGAAGUAAAAAAAUUUUUUUAAUAAAAUAUUUGUUUAGAAAUAACUAAAAUGACAUUAAUUACCCAAUUAUAAAUAUCCAAUUAUUCUUUCAUCCUUUACAGACCAUAAAAUAUUACAGUUUAUAGUGUUCCCCCUCAAUUCUGUAUUCUUAAAGGACCACUAUAGUGCUAGGAAAACAUACUCGUUUUCCUGGCACUAUAGUGCCCUGAGGGUGCCUCCACCCUCAGGGUCCCCCUCCCGCCGAGCUCUGGGGAAAGGGAGGGGUUAAAAUCUUACCUUUCUCCAGCGCCGGGCGGGGAGUUUUCCUCCACCUCUCCUCCUUCCUAGCGACGUCAUCGGCUGAAUGUGCAUGCGCGGCCACGCGCGCAUUCAGCCAGUUCAUAGGAAAGCAUUAUCAAUGCCUUCCUAUGGAUGCUGGUGUCUUCUCACUGUGAUUUUCACAGUGAGAAGCACGCAAGCGCCUCUAGCGGCUGUCAAUGAGACAGCCACUAGAGGCUCUAGAGGCUGGAUUAACCCUCAAUGUAAACAUGUUAAUAAAAAAAGGGUUAACCCUAGCUGGACCAGGCACCCAGACCACUUCAUUAAGCUGAAGUGGUCUGGGUGCCUAUAGUGGUCCUAUAAAUCAGCACUGUCACCAGUGGUGUAACCAGAGUCACCGUCUCCUGGGCAGAACAAAAUUUUGCCCCCCCAUGUAUCACCAACCCCAACACCCAUUCACCCUGUCCAUCUGGUUAUAUGCCUAAUUGAACGCAAGUAACAUAGAAACAUAGAAUGUGACGGUAGAUAAGAACCAUUUGGCCAAUCUAGUCUGCCCAAUUUUCUAAAUACUUUCAUUAGUCCCUGGCCUUAUCUUAUAGUUAGGAUAGCCUUAUACCUAUCCCACACAUGCUUAAACUCCUUUACUUUGUUAACCUCUACCACUUCAGCUGGAAGGCUAUUCCAUGCAUCCACUACCCUCUCAGUAAAGUAAUACUUCCUGAUAUUAUUUUUAAACCUUUGUCCCUCUAAUUUAAGACUAUGUCCUCUUGUUGUGGUAGUUUUUCUUCUUUUAAAUAUAGUCUCCUCCUUUACUGUAUUGAUUCCCUUUAUGUAUUUAAAUGUUUCUAUCAUAUCCCCCCUGUCUCGUCUUUCCUCCAAGCUAUACAUGUUAAGAUCCUUUAACCUUUCCUGGUAAGUUUUAUCCCGCAAUCCAUGAACCAGUUUAGUAGCCCUUCUCUGAACUCUCUCUAAGGUAUCAAUAUCCUUCUGAAGAUACGGUCUCCAGUACUGUGUACAAUACUCCAAGUGAGGUCUCACCAGUGUUCUGUACAAUGGCAUGAGCACUUCCCUCUUUCUACUGCUAAUACCUCUCCCUAUACAACAAGCAUUCUGCUAGCAUUUCCUGCUGCUCUAUUACAUUGUCUGCCUACCUUUAAGUCAUCAGAAAUAAUCACCCCUAAAUCCCUUUCCUCAGAUGUUGAGGUUAGAACUCUAUCAAAUAUUCUGUACUCUGCCCUUGGGUUUACGUCCAAGAUGCAUUAUCUUGCACUUAUCCACAUUGAAUGUCAGUUUCCACAAUUCUGACCAUUUUUCUAGUUUACCUAAAUCAUUUGCCAUUUGGCUUAUCCAUCCUGGAACAUCAACCCUGUUACAUAUCUUAGUAUCAUCAGCAAAAAGACAUACCUUACCAUCAAGACCUUCUGCAAUAUCACUAAUAAAAAUAUUAAAGAGAAUGGGUCCAAGUACAGAUCCCUGAGGUACCCCACUGGUGACAAGUCCAAGCUUCGAAUAUAUUCCAUUGACUACAACCCUCUGUUGCCUGUCACUCAGCCACUGCCUUACCCAUUCAACAAUAUUGGAAUCCAAACUUAAAGAUUGCAGUUUAUUGAUAAGCCUUCUAUGUGCAACAGUGUCAAAAGCCUUACUGAAAUCUAGGUAAGCAAUGUCUACUGCACCACCCUGAUCUAUAAUUUUAGUUACCCAAUCAAAAAAUCAAUAAGAUUAGUUUGGCAUGAUCUCCCUGAAGUAAACCCAUGUUGUCUCUGAUCUUGAAAUCCAUGUGUUUUUAGAUGUUCAACAAUCCUAUCCUUUAACAUGGUUUCCAUCACUUUCCCCACUACUGAAGUAAGGCUUACUGGUCUAUAGUUGCCAGACUCCUCCCUAUUACCUUUCUUGUGAACGGGCACAACAUUCGCUAACUUCCAAUCUUCUGGGACUACUCCUGUUAACAAUGAUUGGUUAAAUAAAUCUGUUAAUGGUUUUGCUAGUACAACACUAAGCACUUUUAAUAGCUUUGGGUGUAUUCCAUCAGGUCCCAUUGACUUAUUUGUCUUUACUUUUGACAGUUGAAAUAGAACCUCUUCCUCUGUAAACUCACAUGUAAUAAAUGACUCAUUUGUAAUUUUUCCUAACUGAGGUCCCUUUCCUUCAUUUUCAUCUGUAAAUACUGAACAAAAAUAUUCAUUGAGGCAGUCAACUAGACCUUUAUCCUCUUCUACAUACCUUCCUUCUUUUGUUUUUAAUCUAACUAAUCCUUGUUUUACUUUUCUUUUCUCAUUUAUGUAUCUAAAAAAAGUUUUGUCCCCCUUUUUUACUGACUGUGCUAUUUUCUCUUCUGUGUGUGAUUUGGAAGCUCUUAUAACUUGCUUAGCCUCUUUCUGCCUAAUCUUAUAGAUCAUUUUGUCUUCCUCACUCUGGGUUUUUUUUAUAAUUACUAAAUGUUAACUUUUUGUUUUUAACUAUUUUGGCCACAUCUGCGGAGUACCACAGUGGUUUCUUGAAUUUUUUGCUUUUACUGACAAGCCUAAUGCAAUUUUCUGUUGCCUUCAGUAGUGCAACUUUUAAAUAAUCCCAUUUCUCUUGGACUCCAUUUAAAUUGCUCCAGGCUAAUAAUGACUCCCCUACACAUAUUCUAAUUUUAGAAAAGUCUGUUUUUCUAAAGUCUAAAACUUUUGUUUUUGUGUGUUGUGACUCAGUCACUGUUCUUAUAUUAAACCACACUGACUGAUGAUAACUUGAUCCUAAACUUUCACCUACAGUAAUAUCUGAUACCAAAUCUCCAUUUGUUAACACUGAAUCUAGUAUGGCCUCUUUACGAGUUGGCUCCUCAACAACUUAUUUUAGAGACAAUCCCAGUAGGGAGUUUAGAAUAUGUGUGCUCCUGGCACAAGCAGCUAUUUUUGUUUUCCAAUUCACAUCAGGAAGAUUAAAGUCACCCAUGAUGAUAACUUCUCCCUUCAUUAUCAUUUUAGCUACUUCCUCAACUAGUAGAUUAUCUAACUCUUCAAUUUGUCCUGGGGGCCUAUAAAUCACACCUACACGAGUUACUGUGUGAUUACCAAAUUCUAACGUAACCCAAACGGACUCUAUGUUCGCCUCACUAACUUUUAUUAGGCUAGAUUUUAUGCUAUCCUUCACAUACAGGGCCACCCCUUCCCCUUUCUUGCCUUCCCUGUCUUUUCUAUAUAAAGAGUAUCCUGGUAUUGCUAUGUCCCAGUCAUUUUUCUCAUUAUACCAUGUCUCAGUAACAGCGACUAAAUCUACACUAUCAGUUGACUAUACUAUUUGUAGAUAAAGAGCAUUACAUUUUUUUAUGAAUAAGCACGUCAUAAUGUAAUAGAAAAAAAUAAUUGUUGACACAUACACACUCAGAUACACACACAGACUGACACACAGAGAUACAUACUGACUCAUACACGUACACACAGGCCCGGACUGGCCAACUGGCAAACCGGGCAAAUGCCCGGUGGGCCGCGAAGGGCGUGGCCCGAGGCCGGCAGGGGAUAUCACAGGAAAGGUUCAUGAAUCCAUGCAUGCCUUCCUGUCUCCCUCUCGUGAGCUCUGAUAUUAUCCAAGCGUUGCCAUGAUACCCGGCGGCAAUACUCGCUAAUACCGUCACUCGCGAGAGGGAGAAGCAUGGUCUGUACCCUGCGGAGGUACAGACCAAAUGACCAGCCGGCUGUACCACCAAGGAUCAUCAUCAGCCUGCUCCCCUGUACCCCGGCAAGGUAAUUAGAGAGAGGGGGAGUGGAUUAUAUAUAUUUUGAUGAUUACAUUGAUUAAGCAGCAAAAACACUGGAAACUUGCUAAUUGAUAAUUCUAUUUAUUGUUGCCUUGUUCUUUGUUUAUCUGAAAACUUAAUUUGGCAAAAUAAAACAUGCAUGCAUUCAUUCAUAACACACACACACACACACACACACACACUUCAGCCAAUUAACACAUUGAGAUAUCCAUCUUCAAAUCUAGAUUACUUUUUAACCUGAGUACCUAUUUUUGAGUGUUUUGCAUUCUACUUGCAUUAAUUGCUCUUACACCCCCUGUUUCAUACCAUCUAUUAACCUACUACACCACCUGCCUUCAUACCAUCUAUUAACCCACUACACCCCCCGGCCAUCAUACCUUCUAUUAACCCACUACACCCCCUGCCAUCAUACCCCCCAAAUAACCCACUACAUACUCUGCCAUCAUACUCCCUAUUAACCCACUACACCCUCGCCAUCAUAAGUCCUAUUAACCCACUACAUCCCCUGCCAUCUUACCCCAUAUUAAUCGACUACACCGCCUGCCAUCCUGCCCCCUAUUGACACACUACACCCCCGGCACUUGCAUACAACACACUCUCUAUACCCCUUAUAUACACCCUCUGCAUUUACACACACACUAGGCACUCUCGAUACCCCUUUAAAUACACACACGACACCCCCUCAUUUACACACAAACACAUUACACACACUCUAUAACCCUUGUACACACCCCAUACACCCUUCACUCACAUAUACACAGUACACAAACUCUAUACCACCUAAACAUACCCUAAACUCUCUGCACUCACACUCUCUAUACCCCCUGUAAACAUACACUACUCACCCACUACACACUCUAUAUCCCUUAUAUACACUACACCCCCAUGCAUUCACACACACACACUCUAUGCACACACUACUCUAUAUUCGCAUACACACAAUUAACACACCACCUUUUUGGCCCCGCCUCUUACAGCUGCUCUGCCAUUAACUGUAGAAAAUAAUCCAGGCACUCCAAUAGAUUCCAAGAUUAAGGCAAUUUAUUUGAACCAAGAACUACAAAGCAAUGUUUCAGCCCUAACAGGGCUUUUUUCAAGAACUACAAAGCAAUGUUUCAGCCCUAACAGGGCUUUUUUCAAGCUUGAAAAAAGCCCUGUUAGGGCUGAAACAUUGCUUUGUAGUUCUUGGUUCAAAUAAAUUGCCUUAAUCUUGGAAUCUAUUGGAGUGCCUGGAUUAUUUUCUACAAUUAUCUACUAUUGGUCCUGACUGGGUACUGGGACUUUCCAUGAAGCACCCUGGAUUCCAUCGUGAGGGGUAGAGUGCGCUUCCAGCUCUGUUUAUAUGCUCUGCCAUUAACUGUCAGGGCUGAAUUUUCGUCCCAAUCCGGCCCUGCAUACACAGAUACACACUGAUUCCUCCUCACAGAUACGUACUGACACUUACACACAUAGAUACAUACAUAUACACAGACACACCCAAAUACACACUAACUCAUACACACAGAGAGACUGACACACAGAUGCACACAUUUAUACACACUGGCACACAUACACACACAUAUAACACAUAUACGUAAAUGACACAUACAGACACACACAGAUAGCACGUACAUAAAUUUUUCACACACAGAUAACAUACACACACACACAAACAUAUACACACAAAGGUCGCAAUUUACAUAUUUUUAGCCACCUCCCUGCUUCCAUACCUUUUAGGUGCAGUGGCAGCCGGCUGGGUCUGAUGGCAGGUUGGUCAGUGCUCUCCCUCCUCUAUGUUGUUGUCCCUUCUCUCUCUUACCUGUGAGACUCGUUGGUUAAUUGGAAGGAAGUGACUUGUACUCCCUUCCUCCCAGCACUGUGGCUUUACUGAGCAGGAGCCUGGUCACACUGUUAAAGGACCUCAGUGCUUGACAGACACCCUGAUCAAAGAUGUCCAUUGGGUCACCCGGGGCAUUUGUACUGUCGCUCCCGGUAGUUACUCUACCGCCACUCACCAUCCUUUCUAUAGCUCCCCUGACCCCUGAUAACAUUUAAUUACCCUGGGACCAGUGCUACUUAGUGUAAUAGAAUCUUCUGUUACCUUGGUACUUGUAGAGGACUGCAGUCAGCCUCCUUCCUAUUGACCAUGGGCUCUGGCCUGGAAUGGGGUUCUAUUUUGGGGAGGCAAAUGUACGGGAAUCCUUCAGACUGCUUUCUUCCCUGGUUUGGAUUUUUUGAGGUUGGGAUAUCUUUGUCUCAAGAGGGGAUUCGUUCAGGCUUUCUAUUGUCCUAUGUUGAUAGAAACUGGACAAUGCAUUGAUUUGUAUAAUUACAAUGUGCAAAUUAGGAAAGUUCCAGCUAUAUAUUUAUGUUUUCACAUAGUUUGGAAAGUUGUAAAUAUGUUAUAUAUUUGAGAAAUGAUUAUGUUGCUUGUUCUUUACCUUGCAUAUGUUUAUAUUUCUAUUGUUGUCACCAAAUGUUUAAUUGUCCCCAAAGACCAGUCCUAGCUUAAAAUUAAAGUAUUGUAUGUUAGUUCAUUUUGGAACUGUGUGUCCUGUGUGGAUUUGUUCAGGGAUCCCAGUAACAGAGUAUUUGGACUUGUUGGCUGGCUGCACAGUCCCUCUAGCCCUUUUUAAAGGCAGGAGCUAUUCACAUUACAGACAUAAUGUGUGAAAACCCAUCUAGGAAAGAAGCUCAAAAGCCAGAGGACACGAUACCUGCCUGGAAGAAGAGAGCUGCAGCCUGGCUGGCUAGAAUAGUUCUAAUGAGAGACCAGUCAAACUUCGACAACAGGGUCUGAAGUACUUCAGAGUCCCCUGUGGAGGGAGGAAGUGAACCUGGUGGAGGAACUCAAUCAGAGUGCGGGAGCUCUGUCAAACUUACAUCCAUUCAGAAGUCUUCAUUCACCUUGCCACCAUCUUGCCAUUUACAAGAUGGCGGUUGCCGUAAUUUAGUUUUUUUGUCCUUCCUAUGUCCUGCAUUUCAAAUCACACGCAUUCACAUGGUAAGGACCUCAAGGGGGGUUUCACAGUACUUGGAUGACUCUGGGGAUCCCACAUCAGUAAACACAGAACUGAUGUGCGAUGCUACAGGAAGUGACGCACACUGCUAGGAGGUGAGUACUAGGUGACCAAUGACAAUGGUGACAAAGGCUGUGGAGCUUUCCCAUUUUUUAUUAUUUUUUCCCCAAAUAUUUUCUUGCUGAGCUUCACUAAGGGAUUUUUCUAUAGCAGAUGUUUUCCAAUUAGAAUAGUUAUUUUGCAUUUCUAAAAAUAUAUAUUUUUCUAUUAUCCCUAAGGCUGACUAGCAAUAAGAUCGGGUUAGAACCCUCUUUAAAGCAAAUCCACUCUUUAUCUAAUGGCUACAGCUGUGCAACAGGCCUAUUUAGCAGCUCAUAGCAUAUCAAUUUGCACUCCUUAAAUGAGACCUGUCAUGCAGCUGGACAAUACAACUUCAGAAGUAUUUAAAUGUGCUGGUUAGCCCAUCUUUGUUACCGCUGCCUGGCUGUAACAAGACAUUUGAAAGAUAAAAAAUCUGUAAUGCCCUCAUAUUUAACCUUUUCUGUCUUCCUUGUUAAGAAAAAGUCAAACAAUUCCUUUCUUUUCAGUUAUUAAUAAUGUUGGUCAAAAGGUUGGGUUGGAAGGGUCAUGACUCCUAGGGCAGCUAAAUUAACCCCUAGUGUAGUCACAUUAAUAACUGAAUCAUUAGCCAAGUGAAGUCUUCGUUUACAGAAAUAGCUACAUCUAUGUUAAAAAUAUCCAGAAUUUGAGUGUAUUUCUCUUAGUUUUGUUUUAAAGAGCCUUACUGUACUCAUUGCAAAGAAUCUGAAUUGUUGGAUAUAUUUGUAUAUAAAUGAGAUGCAAUAUAAAUAAAUCCAGUUUGUCACCUUUGUAAAAUGACCCAUUCACUUUGUAGUCUUUUGUUAUACAUUUUUAAAAUGUAUAUUAUACAUUUGAAAAGAGAUUUAAUAUAUGCUGUGUAUAGUGGAGAGGUUAUCCUUCUAACUUUUGUAUUAAUAAUCCUUUUUUAUGCAAGGUGAUAUUUUGUGAGAAUUUAACAUGCUGUCCAUUUACAGAGUUUGGAGUUGAUAAGUCUCCCAAAUUAUUUUUGAGCACAUAUUCCAUCAUUGCAAUCCCACUUAGUCCAUUUGGAGUAUCACUUUUUUUUUUUUUUUACUUUCUUUUCACUUGCUGGUGACAUUGCUCUGUGCAGUUUCCAUCUUUAGUUGAAACGCUAUCAGAGUUAUUUACUAUAUUGAGUUUUCAAAGUGAAUUUCAAAUUUAAGGUCAAAACAGCUGAAAUAGAAACAUUCUCUAAAUCGGCUAUGCUUUCUGGUUUUAAAUUUGCAAAUGACUCACAAUACAUACAUGCAUACAAAAGAUGGAGCUUCUAAGCAGUAGUUCGACAGAUAUUCUGUAAAAUAAACUUAUACAACAAUAGUGCAAUACAGUAUUGGUAAAAUGAUUAUAUAGUAAAAGACAAGAGUGGUGUCACUCACAAGCCUGGAGUCAUACCCUUAUAUGACUCGGAUUGUAUGCGUCUUUGGACCAUUCCAGGAUGUCCGGAUCCUUCUUCUACAGAGUGUUCGGUGCUUUUUUACCCUUAACUGUUUUUUUGGAUUCCGAGUUCCGUUGAAUGGAACGCAACGUGCGUUCCAGCACAACUAUUCAUGACAUCACUUCCGGGUGUAUUAUCUCUAUGCGAGCCGUGUCUGUGUAUCGGCUCGUUUGGAAAGACAACAAACUUUAUUGAGAUUGGACAGUCCAGUUCUAUGCUUGGAACGCCUUUGCGUUCCAGUUUUGGAAGUCAUUAAUUAAUGUCCUCUCAAAACUGGAACGCCAAGGCGUUCUCUUCAUGAUUUCUACAGCAUCCACCAUCUGAUUACGAGUCCAUCCAUUACAGGACAAAAUGUAUUAAAUACUGGCGAAAAACAUGGGAGGGGAAAGAUUUAUCAAAGUGUUCUGUUUUAUGCAGUAAAGCAAAAAUGUAACAGGGGAGGAGUCACCAAUGGAAUGUGCCUAUUGUUUCUACUUAUUUCCAUGGCUAUUUCUCCACUUUUAGUACUUUAGACCACUUUUAUAAAUCUCCCUCGUAGACUUCUAGUAGUCACUUAAUCCAGCUCUGAAACAAGAUAUAUCUGAAUUUAAUUUGGUCACAUAUCUUUAUCAAUCUUAAUUUUGUAGUGUCUCAUCUUAGCAUAUAUUAGCCAAAGCGAGACUGGAGUUCUGCUCUACAAACACUUUUGUAGUGCAAAUAUUACAUAUUAUAUAUAACCUGUAUUACCUGUAUUACUUCAAUAUUAAUCAUAGUUUCAUUAGCUGUUUUUACUACAGCUGCCUGCUUGACUUGUCUUGGGUCUGUAUCAAUCCAUCUCUUAUGAUUCUGAUAGUUGGCAAGUCCAUUAUCAGCAUUUAACCUUUUACUAUGAAGGAACCACAUUGUUUGAACCUAUGUAUUUCUAUAAUAUUUAUUUAUUUUUUUAUUCCAAAAUAUUUCUACAUCAAAGUAUAUUUCUCCAAGUAGUUUACAGUAGUUUAUGAUAGUUUAAUAGUUUACAUGCCCCUUUAUAUUACUAGUUUUGCACUACCAGUUUCACUUAAAUUGUUUCUUCUUCUAACACUGUGUUACAUAUAAGCCACAUAGAAGUGUCCACCUAAAUAUCUAUUGAACUUCUAGAAAAAAUUGUAUAAUCACAUUUCAUCUAGGUAUAAACUAUUAUUAUAGAAGUAUAGUGGACACAGGGAAAACCAGACAUAAGGGUUGAACCCCAUACGUGUUGACAUCUUCAGGAUGGAGAACCAUUUUAGAUUGAUAACUGUAAUCAGUUAUUUAAAUUGAUAUUAUUAUGUCUAAUUAUUGGUCAUUCCAAAUUCCAACAAGUGCUGCUUUGCUGUACCUCGUAUGUAGGCCUCAAGGCCUCGAUUUGAGCAGUCAGUUGCGGGGACACUCGAGUGAGUGUGUCUCCCGAAUCACCGAAGCCUCCUCUGCAAGAUUAAUGCUAGGCUGUGCUUGUAGAGUCGUUAGGGUCGGGAAUAUCCCCGGGCCCACGGUAGCUUAUGCAGGAGCUCUUAUGGCACACGUCUGCUCCAUUUGGCUGUCAGGCUCCGGCCCCCAACAGAAGACUUUUAGUACCACUCGAGUGGCCAUUAAAGAAGGAGUUCACCUGCUCCGUUAAGACAAUCCUCUUUGGGUUCGUCCCACAUUAAUAAUUCACCUUGCUGCUUUCGACUAAGUGGCAAAAUGUACAGAGGAGACAGAAAGGAGUAUUUUUUAUAAACCCCAACACAUUUAUUAACCCUUAACAUUACACACAUGGGAUGUGGGUCAGCACUGUAUCAUAGCUGUGUAAUGUAGAACCAAAUGCAAGCAUAUAAAAAUUAAGCCCUGUGCUCAUCAGCCUGGACACUUUAAUGGACAUUGGAAUUGUGCUAAAAACAUCCUGUUAUUUAAAUAUGCAUAGGGAUCUGGGAUUUUGAGGUGGUACCUUGUUUUUGGCUUUGUUCUAUUUAUUUUGGCUGAUAAAUACUAUAGCCAAGGGUAGUGGGAGUUUGAGUACAGGGCUUGAUUUUGUAUGAUAAGACUACAAACAUCCUAGCAUUGUAGGCCAGUAAUUAAUAUGAUCCUUUUUUUUCUGAAUUGCAUAGUACUCCAGCUAACAGCUGUACGCAAGGUUAUAUCACAUCACACAAAUCCUAAUGGUGCUGCUAAGCAGCACCAUAAAGGGGUUAAACUGAAUUCUGUGAUGCUUUUUUAGAAUCAAUCUUUGUAUUCUAAUUCUGUCUGUAUGAAGUAUGUUGAAAUUAGAAGUGAAUGUAACAUGUGACAUGCAGAGACAUGGAGAAUUGUCCUUUCAGGUCCAGACAGUUCUUGUAGCCUGAGGCCAGAAGAGUAUAUAAGAAAAUCGGAGAGUGAUAUAUAGCUGUACUAUGCUUUGCCGGCAAGUUCUGGGCUCUAACUUGUUGAAGAAAUCCUUCCUCUUUUUCGUGAAAGCCUCGGGUGUUGCAUUUAGGCAGUUGAACAAAUCUACACACUUAGUGAUAAAUAAAUGACUUCAUAUGAGUUGUACUCGACUGAUGUGAUUGAGGAGGGACUCUGCCAUUCAUAUGCAUUCCUCGUGAUACUGCAAAACUAUAAUCUAACGUUUCACAUCUCAUGUGUCAUAUUACUAUGUUAUUGCAGAAGCUUAUCUGACUUGUUUUGAACAACUAAUCUCAAUUAAUGUGCUCGCUUAAAGUAUCUCUUACAAUGUUUUGCAAAUGUGAUGUUUUGAACUGUAUGAUCCAUUCCUGGUAAGCCAUAUGGAAGUACCCAGCUAUACGUCUGUUGGACAGGUGGCCAGAAAUUACAUGAUGACAUUUUUCUAAAAGGAACAUUUUUAGUGUACUGUUCAGUACUGUUUAGUGUACUGGAACAUUUUUAGUUCACUGUUCACAAAACAAAACAGAAAUAUGUCAUAUGGUGGAGUAGGGUAGGAUGUAUUGUGUAAUAGAGCUACUGUGCUUACCCAAGGACUUAGCAAAGGUUAAACGAUGUGCACCAUUGUAGCAGUAUAGAGCAGGAAUGUAUUUUUGCAUAUAUAUUGCUUUUUUUUUACAAUUAGUUUUUUACAAAUACUGCUACCUCAAAGCUGAUAAGACAGAACUCCAGCCAAUCAGCAGCCCUGGUCUCAAGGUCAGUCUGUCUGUGUUUGUUUGCAGGUAGGAAGUAAUACUUUUUUUUAAUGUGUGAGACAAUAGAUCACAUGUAGCAUUAUAUAGCAUGACAUAGUUAAAAGAGAAAAGACAAAAGGGAAUUGGGGGCACACCCGAUACAUGCAUCUUACGGGAAUGGUUCUGCUGUAGUGACCAAAGAUAAAAGAACAGCACACACACAUAAAAAUCAAUUUCUAAAUUCUAUGAGGAUACUUAAAAUCGCCUAUAUCAGCAAAUGAAUAUGGGGAUUCAGUUCCACCAUAUGGCCAUAUGGUGUUGAGCCCACCACUACUUCAUAGUACCCCAAUAUCGGUGGGUCCUACACUAAUCCAACGUGGGAGUCAAAUCAAAUAGUGCUAAUGCUAAAUAAGGUGAAGUGUAAAUUAAAUAAUAAUAAGGGCAUUGUGAAAAUAUAUAUAUAUAUAUAAUGCAAAAUUAAUGUGUUAAAUGCAAUUAAAAAAAAUGCAGUGUCAAAACUAAACUAUAACUUUAAAUGUGAUAUAUAUGCAUAGAUCCAUAUCUAAUGUUUCAAUAAAUAUAUAAAUCACGAAUGACACAACAGGGAGAGCAGUUAGCCAUAAGAGCAGCAGACGGAGUAUCAAAAAUAUCUUUAUAAGAGAAACAAAAAGACAAGCAAAACAAUACUGCUAUUUGUGUAUCUAUUACUGUUUUUUUUAUUUCUUUAUUUAAAAGAAGCAGACGUAGAAAUACAGUGUACAAAUUAGACAGAAUAUGCAUUAGUCUAAGAAAAAAAAAUAGAAGAAGGAAAAGGAGAGGAAGGAGGUGAGGAAAGAGGAGGGUACCGCCUGUGCAAUUUACACAGAGUUAGUUACUGCUAUUUUAAAAAAUGUUGAAGGUAAAUUCUUUCCAGGGAUCUACUAUUACUAUCUAUUACUUUUUUUGGUGCAUAGGAUGAUUAAUCACCUUUGGUUCAGAAUUUUCACCUGUGAAGUUCAAGGUCAUGUAAACAUGUCAGCGAUGUUUAAGAAAAUGGUACUAAUGUGUUUUAUUAGGUACUGGGGAUGUAUUGGUGCUUGAACAUAUAGAAAUGACCAUGGAUACCCAUGAUGAGGCUUAAUGACUAAACAAGCACCUAUAUCAUUGUAAUCUGGUGAAAGAAUAACUAUAGCAGACUAGCAGAUAAAAAACGUUACAUUAUUUAAUGGAUAUGCAAGCAGAUAUUAUGUGUGUGCCUAUCUUAUCAGUUUAUCUCUACAGGAAGCACAGUAAAAUAUAUAUAUCAUUUUAAAAAGGAAUCAUAAGCGCAUUUUGGUUCUCAUUCUAUAUAAAUCAUAUAAAAAUCAUACGCCUGUGUGAUGAACACUUAUGUAAAACUUUUAGACAAGUCAACAAGUCAACAGUAGGUAUUAAUGUUUCCUGAUUUAAAUAACAGGCUACAAACAGUCUUAUUAAAAAUUGAUUCACCAUAACACUUUUUUUUACAUUAUAGAAUUAUUUUCCUAAUUAUACAUGUAUAUCAGACUUUUGCCUUCCACUGUCCCAUAUUAAAAUUUAUGUUGUGUAAAAUGCAAGAACAUGCUGAGAUCAGUCAUUUACUUGUGGUAUGAUGUGAGAAACAAAGCUUACACAUUAAAUACAAAUAACAUGUUAACUGAACUUUACUGAAACUUCAAAAAGAUGGGCCAUAUGUUUAUAGCUAAAAAAUAUUGGGGAUGGAAAAUGUUUUUAAUUGGCUAUUUUGGCCUACAAUGUACACAUUUUGACUAUUUUAAAGUUUAGUAAAUACACAUUUUAUGUGUAUUUGUAUGUGUGCAUUUAGUGUAAAGGGAAUGUGUAUGAAAGUAUGUUUGGCUGUGUGUAUUGUGAGUGUAAGUACUUGUUUAUGUUUCUAGUACAACUGCAGAUGUAUUUAUGUAUAUGCAUACAGUGUUACUGUAAAUAUAUGUGUGCAUUUGUCUGUAAUAUCUGCAUGCAUGAAUUCAAUAACACAUUUAAAUGGUUGAAUGUAAGAAUGCCUUUGUGUGUUGUGCAAAAUCUAUUCGUAUAUGAUGUGUGGAAAUGCAGUGUGUUAAUAUAUAUUGUUGUUGUAUGGGUGUUAUUUGUGUGGGAAGUAUCUGUGAAGUAAGUGUGAGUAAUAUUCGGGUGUUUGUGCAAACAAAGAGCAAGAGUUGUGUGAUGCAAUUUCUGGUUUCCCCAUUUUCCCCACGGCAUUAUCUAUCUGGCAACGUCUAACUCCCCCCUCACUGCACCCCACAAUUUUUUCUUUCACUAUAUAACAGUAAUAGUUUGAUUUGUAAAUACCAAAUGUAUAAAUGUAUGUGUUGCCCAUUAAUAUGGAUGUGUGUUCAGAAAACACAGAUUUUGUUUUCCUCCCCUUUCCUUCUGCAUUUCUCUUUCUUGUGUCUAUACCUAUCCCUCCUUUACUAUAUCCCUUUUUGUGUCUAUCCCUAUUCAUCCUUUACUCCCUAUACCAUUAUAUUUAAUUCCUCUCCAUUCCUUGUGUAGUGUGGCCGAGCUGGAACUGUACAUCUAUCCUGCUUUUAUCUGUUGGACUCUCCCCUCUGCCCAGCCCAAACACUCUGUCUCCAGUAAAUGGCUGAAUUGUGUGUGAAACAGGAGACAUUCAAGUGUCAUGUCCCCACCCUAUCCACACCAUAGCUGUAGGCUGCCUUAAUACAUUGGCUGUGCUACACAACCUGGGUAAGAACAGAGUGCAUUUUAUUGAACAGGGCACUGCCAUCAGAUGGACCCACUAAUUACAGCAGAACAGUUUUCUGAAUGGGAAUUCUUUUCCGAUUUAAAAAAUGAAAUUAGGAGAAAGCCCGGUCAAUGACCGAUAUGCCAGAGUGCUUAGUCCACCCCUAUUGGUGUGUCCAGGUGUAUAACGGGGCUCCACAGCAAUGAUUUACAGUAAUGUUAACCUCUUAAGGACACAUGAUGGAAAUAUUCUGUCAUGAUUCCCUUUUAUUCUAGAAGUUGUGUCCUUAGGGGGCUAAGCUGCAAAACGUGCUUAGAAGUGAGUCUGUGUAAAUAAGAUGCAUUAUUAUUGCUCUAAAUUAUAUUUUAGGUGCAAAAAUUGUUAUUAGUAAGUCACCUAAAAUUUCUCAGAACAGCUCCGCCCAUGGUCCACACCCCUAAAACUCGAGUGUCCCUCUUUGUCCAUUUAAAAUGCUGGGAAGUCUGCAAUGUACUGAAGGAUGCUUAGAAAUAAACCAAACUUGGUUAAUUAAUGCCCGUGAGUGUGUAUUUUAUGUUUUUUUACACCAUGGACAAUAUUAAAAAGAUGUGCAAAACCUAUCACCACAUCAGGUGUUCUUGACAUGAGACAUACAGGAAAGAGAGAAUGGUGGAAAUGCAGACAAAAACAGGGGGUUCACAUCAUGAAAGUGACAGGAGGAAGAGUCCGUUCAUAUUGUAAAUGAAAAGGAGCAAAAAGUGAGGAGACAUUUUGAUUUUGGAAACAGUUUGAUGAGUUCCCAUUCCCAUACUAAAUUGUUAAGAUUUUACUGCUUAAUAGGUCCAGCUUUGCAUUGUGCCAGGAAUGCACACAGUAACUCUCUUUUAACUCCUUAAGGACACAUGACGGAAAUAUUCCGUCAUGAUUCCCUUUUAUUCCAGAAGUUGUGUCCAUAAGGGGUUAAUACAAUUAACAUGCUUAUAGGACAGGGAAGUGAAUUGUAAAUUGAAAAUGACAAAUGAAAAGGGUACCUAUUAACUGUAGCGUCAUGAAUCAUUCUCUGACACAGCUGUAAUUCAUUGUUGUAAAUAAACUAUUUGUGGUUUCAUUGCAGGUAGUGGAGGCUGCGGCUUGGCUGUUGUCGCACCCUCCAAGUGAAACAUCAAGGGAUAACUUGUGAUGAUGUAUCUCCGGCUGCACGACAGAAACGUGAAGGGGAGUUACCGUAAUAAUGGGCACAACAAUCUGAAAAACCUUUUCUUCAUUAUUAUCACCAUAGUUGUAAUUAUUACCUAUUCAGGCUCUCAUAUGUGAAUUAGUAACAUGGCCUGCAAGAAGUCUCAAUAUAAUGCCUAGCACAGCAGAAUUCUCACUUGGUUUACAAAAGUAAGGGAUUACAUUUGCCUACAAUGGUCUUUUACCAUGUGAAAAAAUAAAAUGGUAACAAAUUGGUCAGUUUAGGACAUAAAAUCGACAGAAUUUGGGCAACAGGAAAAAAGGGCAACAUUAAGAUAAGGGUGAUACCAGACUCCCUUACAGCAGAUGAAUUACCCCACUACACUUUUGUCCUUGCUCUCGUUUCAUAUGCUGGUACUAAGAAAAGCUACUCAGAAAGUUCCAAACUAGAAUUAGAAGAUCUACUACUACUGCUUUGGACUCUUUCUUUCUUUCUUAUGAUAUAU